AUGCAGCGAGGCCUAUGGGCGUCCCUGCGUUCAUUUAGAGGUAUAAAGAGACAUGGUUUUACCCGUUUAAUUUCAAGCACGUUGGAUAACACAGGAACAGACUUAACCAAAUUCAAGAUGCACAAGGGAGGUAAGGAAGAGAAACUAUGAAAACUGAGAAAGAAAGAAAAACAACUCAUCCUUGGUAGGAAAUGAUUUCUAGUGCCUUGUUUAAGGGGUGUGUGAUGAGGAAAAGGUCCCACAUACGGCUAUCUGCAUAAAAAUUGAUCCAUGAAAAGUAGCUGAUUUUAAUUAAACUCACUUCCUGUAAGCACAUCAAUGCGUUGAGUCAAUUUUUGCCAGUGGUGGAUCUAGAGGAGGGACCCAGUCCCCCACCUAACUUUUGGGUUAAACUUAGGCCAACAAGGCCAAGAAAAAUUUUUUCAAGGCAAGCCGGGAGUGAAUUCACCCAGCCCUCCUACCCCCAGUUACUUACAGAUCUUACUCUUAGGGGUCCAUAUUCAUUUUUUCUCAGAGUCGUCAGCUGGGCAAGAAAGCCUGAUGGCAUACUUGCCUGGUUACAAGUAGGGUUGCCCAGACAAAAUUGCAGAAUUAUAAAAGAAUGGUGAAAAAAUUGUGUGCAACUUGAACAUUUCUCUUGCUAUACCAUUAUAUUUCUGUUAUUGUUAGUAAGAAAAGUUUUUAACUUAACUGUUACGUACAACCAGCUACAGGCCUAGGCUAACACAGUUUAUUAACAUUUUACAAGUAGUCAUGGUCAGUCAGUUUGCCAUGAAGGCAAGAGUGUGCGUUUACGUUUUCCCCCGUAUAAGACAGCCGCUCCUGCGUCACCUUUUUUUUCCAUUAAGGCAGUGAAUCUUCUUCUAAAAAUGUCCCAUCUUGAUAUGUAUAAGGCACUGGCUUCUGCUUCACCUUUUUUAACUGCCGAAGGUGACGAAACGCCUUCUAAAAAUGCCUCAUCUUGAUGAGUGCUCUGAGUGAGUGUUUUCUAUGAAUAGCCUCUGAACGCAGUACUUCACAAAAAACUGAGCCUACGAUUGAUCAUUUUGUGGAAAAUACUGCACCAUCAAAGGUGGCUCCCAAUUUUAUGAUUUCAUUGCAGAUAAAAGCGGGUUGUUAUUAUCCAUUAUUCUAAAAGUUUUAAGUGGAUGAGAAGUAAUCAGAACACAGGGAAAAUGUAUAAUUUAAACAUCUAAGAAUUUUUCCAGAGAUUUUGUGGUUAAGCAAAACCUCACUCGUCCGAAGUGUGACUUUUGAAGUUAUCUUAAUCGUCCGUAGGGAAUUGUAGUCGUCUGGUACGACUGGGCGACUGGGAAUAUGGAUCUUGUAACUCUGCCACUGUUUGGAUCAAAUCAAAAUUUAAGAUGUCGAAGUCUCCUAUUAAGUAAAUAUUAUUUUGUAUUUCAAGAAGAGUAUUCUUCGAUGGCAGAAGACAGAUAUUCAAGAAAAUCUUCUGCCCUGUUAAGUUGCCUUUGUACCAAUCUAGUUCAGGUCGUAAAUGCUUUUUGUUUCUCUUUAAUUAAUUAGAGGUUAAUAGUACCAAGAUAAUCACCUCGAUGCAAGCUAGCCAAUCAGAGUGUCUAUGAAAAACUAUCUGCUUGUGUGUUGUGUUCUAAUAAUAAUAUUUUAUAUUCCUCUAUACUAUGUGGCACUUAUUUGAGAUUAUUCUUAUUUAUAGAUAGUUAUUUUUAAGUGAAAUCAACAACUAGUCAGUCAACUUCAUUUUUAUAUUGUAAUGUUAACUUUUUAAAACAAUUAAUAAAUUUCUUUAAUAUCAUUAUAUGUAGGUAUUCGUAAUCAGUCUGAAUUUUCAAGAGGUGGAGGUAGGAGAGGUGGGCGAGGUCGCCAUCCUUCAGGGCUGUCAGGAAAACAGAUUGGCUUGUGGUAUGCUGCAAAAGGCAAGAGGAAUAGGAAAGACAGAGAACUGAAGCAGGUUUGACAGUAACCAGAACAAUUCUUGCAUUGUUGUCUUUGUCCUAUUUUUGAGCCAAGAAAGCCCUUUACACAGUUUGAUCUCAAGGCUUUUAUUUGUAGUUGGAAUUUCUGAUUUCUUAUCUCUUGAUUUUGUGUCUUCCUGGAAGGAAAUUAUGCGUUUAGUUUAAGGAAUAUUAUUUUUCUGAAGGUCAUUAAUAGGCCAACAUUUCUUCAACAAAUAAAGGCAGUCUUACUUUUUAAAAGGUACUCUUAAAGUUAAAGUGAAAAAUAAGUUCUAAUUAUUCUACAUUGAAACAAACAAAGAAACAAACAAACAAAAGAUGACUUGACUUGCCAAGCACAAGGAGCGAGUUGGCAGCCUACAUGCAGUUUAAUAUUGAGAAGGUUUCACUGUUGAAAGGACAUGUUUUGUUUCUUUCGUAUAAGUACCAAAAUACUUCAAUACCCACAUUGUUUCUCUUCCCAGGCUGGUAAAAUCCUGGUAUAAUUUGUUUGUAUGUUAGGAUGACUGAAAUGUUAAUAAGAUAUACUGGUCUGAGCAAAGUAAAAUGAAAAAAGGUUUUUGCCCUUCAUUGCACCUAACUCUUCAUAUUAUUUUAUUAUGUUUAUAUCUUUUUGUACAAUGGCGUUAUUUAGGUUAACUAACAGUAUGUAAGUAUAAAAUUUUAUUUUAUUAUUGUUGUACGUGUUAUUUGCAGCGGGCAUAUGUUACCAUGGAGAGCCAUCAUGAAGAGAAAAUAACUGAGCUCUUGGGUAAAAUAAGGGCAGAUGAAAGUAGUGAUUUAAAUGAUGGUGGAGCUGAGCCAGGGCCAUCAUUCCCUAGGGGACAGUCUGAUAUAUCGCUAAAAGGGUCAUAUCAAGGACCUGAGAUGUACACAAGUAACUAUGGUCGCACUGAUCCAGGACCAUCAAGCCAAACAGAUUGGUAUGACUCUGCUCAAGAAAGCUACCAAGGAAAUGAACUAAAUGUGGGCUAUGAUGGUUAGUAAGUUUAACUGUGGUUGUCUGUGGGUACGUUUUGCAGGAAAAUAAACACAAUGCACUCAUAAGCCAUUGUUACUUUGUAUAGGUUUGGGGUUUAAAAGUGGCAUUGCCCCCUCAACUUUAACCUGUAAUGUCCCCUCUUCAUUUGCUUUUCUUGUCUUUGUUUUUGUCUUUUGCUGGCCAUUUACUAAGCUUAAUGUUAGGGGGAAAGUUUUUUGCAAAACUUUUAGGAUCGUAGAAUUAGGUGGAACAAGUUUUUCAUUGGAAUUUUCAGGUCAAAUUUUCAUGCUUUUUUUGUGUUUGUUUUCCUCUUGUCUGUCUGACUGUAUCAUACUCAUUUGGGUUUGGUUUUGAUUUGAAAGAUCUCUUCUCCUUACUCAAGUCAGAUUGAAGUCAAAGGUGUCUUUUACCAUCAAAAAUGACGUCACAAGCAGUACAAGGGAUGUGGAUCUGCAUGGGUGGCUGCAGACAGUUCAAGGGUGAAUGAGGCCCUGCCAGGGGGGGCUCCCAUGUCGCUCGUCUGAAUUUUAAAACGUCUCGUGUUGGCGUUUAUUAAUGCUUCACGUCGCUGUCGGAAAUUGAACGAAAAUUCUUUGUCUUUGUCUGAAUUUUAGAAAGGGGGGAUAGCGAUGGGUUUUAAAGAAACCAUUACAGUUGAGCAAUUUCUCUGUUAACCUUUCGUGUAUAGAACACCUAUACAUCGCCAUUCACAAUUAAGGGUGUGUUCCUUUCGUUGAAUCCAGAAACGGAUCUGGAUCUUAAAACGGAUUUCACGUUCCUUUCGGCAAAUCCAAAUUCGGAUUUUUGAUCUGGUGAAUCCUUUUUGAAAAAGGAUUCACAUUGGAAUUGAAAUCCGAAGAAUCCGAAUCCAGAUUAACGGAUUAGUCAUCUACGCUGUUCCAUUCACAGUGGAUUCGAAAUUAGUAAGAUGAUCCAGCUGUACUUCCAGUUGAAGUAUUCCCGUAGAGUUUCCUAAUUGCUGCCAUUUGCCGUAAAACAUCUGAAAACAUAAAAGAAGAUUGUUCAUGGUGGUACAGUAAAAUGUCCAUGUGCUGACCAUUUGUCGCUAAAGAUUGCUUAAAAACACAAAUAAGUAAAAGGGACAAAUAACUGCUAUCUUUCUACAAACUCGCUCUUGGACGCGAUAGGCACUCGAUCGUGUUACAUAGAAAACCGAGCUACGAAACUAGAUCAAACUGAGCCGACAACCUUUAGAUAAUUUUCAACUUUAACACGCUACUUUCUUGAUCUGUUUAUGUUCCAUCGUCGUUAUUCGAACUGCCGACCACAAAAUUCUGCACGGUAUAAUCGCAUAAUUUGUCAAACAGUAGAAAACAUGUUAUUUCUUGAGAGGCUCAGGCUGUCAUGCAUAUUGCAUGCGUUUGCGAAAGGUUACCAAGGUCACAAAUCCAAUUUCGGAUUUCACGUUCCUUUCGACCGCGAAAUCCGGCAAAUCUCGGAUCAGAAAUCCGUUUUUGGAUUCGCUUAAAGGAACACUGUCAGCACACCCUAGGAGAUCCACGUUCAACAUUUUAAGACUAACUGACCUGAUAAAUCGUACGUGAAGGCCGGUUAACGGUGGUCUACGCUGUGCGGCGUUUAAGUUACCUGGUCCCUGGUCUCUCCACCGUUGUCAUCGUCCGACAGAGGUCGACAAGGAUAUGAGAAGUUCAGAAACAAGCAAAGUAUUCACCAUUUUCACAUAGACGAUAAUUCACCUUGUUUACCCCCCAAAACUUUGCAUAACCAUUGUUUUCGACGACUGUAAUACCCUGGAGAAUUUGGAAACAUUGGUUAUGCAAAAUUCUGAGGGGGAAAACAAGGUGCGUCAUAGCCUAUAUGAAAGUAGUGAUUACAAGAGAAGUAAAGCGAGCGUAAAUUAAGCUAUUUGACGGACAACUUAACCUAGUCCCAAGGUCUCCCAGGAGUUGUGCGGGGUUGCGUAAAUGAAGACUACGCGACGGGUCAACGCAACGCGCUCAGGAGGGUCUACUGAAACUCCCUGACGAGAGAAUUAGCCAAACCACCGUUCUUUGUCGCAUAUUCUCGGCUUUGCCGUCACUGUCGCAAUUUGGCAGCAGGAGGUUGUCGCUUGUCGCCAUUUCAUUUUAGGCUCUGUCGCUACUUUUUGGGUCAUGUCGCUUGUCGGAAUUUACCCUGGCAGGGCCUCGUGAAUCAGUUAAAGAAAAAUUAAAAGCUGCUGUUAAAGGCACUAGCCCAUGGUUAGAGCAAAUGCGUUACAUAACCCUUAAUGUUACAUGCAUAUGCUGGUUAUGGCAUUUAAACAUGUCUUGGGAUAUUAAUAUUGUUUUUCUGUAGUUGCAGGAUGUGCAACGAAUACUGUAGCAUUUGGAAAUCAGUUUACAGAUGAAGCAGAACAAGUGCAUUUCCAAUGUCCUGAUGAAAUGUUUCAAUCUAAUGAUGGCAGUUUUAAUCAGUCACAGACCAGCCAUGGAUUCUUGCAGCAAGAUCCUGCUUUGGAUCACUACUUGAAAGAUGACCAAGAAAGAAAACUUCUCUCAGGAACAACAAGAUACAAAGAUAUGCAGGUACUCAGAGAACGGUUGACUUUGAAUCGUAAUUUUGAGUUCUGGGUCAAUCAUGUUCAAUGUUAUAAAAUUGUUUUUUUAAGUUCUACCAUGAUUGUAUAGGAUUUCCCAACUUUAGAUUAGGUGGUAUGUGUACUGUAACAAAUAGUGUGUCCAUGAGCAAGAUAGCCAUAAGUACAAUGGUGACUGAAACAGUAAUUUUUUUACAAUUUACUGAUGAUAUUUUUAAUAAUAAAAAUUGUUGUUUCCCUCCAAUUGUUUUAUUAGGAAUUCCGUAAAAGACUGCCAGCUCAUGACAAGAAAGAGGUAUUGCAUAGAAUGAUAAAGGACAAAAUAAAUGUCAGGUUAAUAAGGAAAUAUAAUAAAUAUUGCUGAGCAAUAAUGAGAAGCUUGACAAUGCUUUUCACUCUUGUUGUGAUGAGAGGCUGAAUGAAAUAAAGAGCCAGAGGUCUAGUGAUGGUUUCAUUGGUGGCAUAUCACAGGACUUAAUCUGAGGUUCUAUUGUCUACUGUCUAUUAGCUUUUUUAUAUUAAUUUUUUUUGAAGCUUUUAGACACUUACAGACUAUGUAAAGGUGGAGAAUUCCAACAUUGCUUUACAUGUUUGCAUUUGAUUCAUAAUUUGUGUUCACUAACACUCCUGUUUCUUUGCACUUGAGUUACUUUCUUGGUUUCUUUAAUCGUAUAAUGUUUUUGGAAAAAAACUCAUGACCCAUUCCUUCAUUCUUGUGAUUGAUUGCAAAACUUGAAAAUGCAGAGACUUGGGUCAUGUUCUUUUGGGCACGAGCACAUUGUUUCCUCACCCAUUGUUAUUGACUGAAAACUGUCACUACAGUUACUGUAACAAAGCUGUCAAAUCUGAUCAAUUUUUACCAUCCCAGGGCUGUCAAUGAGGGCCAGUAGCCGGCCAAAACCACCAGCUAGUUAGCCAUCCUUAGCCGGCUACUUUCAUCUCCUCCUAAGCACAAUCGAAUAAGAUUGUAAAGCAUCCAUUUCCCAGUUUUGAAUGACAUUGAACACAUAUUUAAACAGGUUUAGAUCGAUGUGAAAUGUUUGAAUCGUGUGAUUUUGUGGAACACCUGGGACGUUUCGACGGCAUUCUUCCCAGUCUUGCGUGUAUUCUGAUGCAACAGCAUGGCAUCUGCGGUGGAAAGUACCUCCUGAAAACGCCUGGAAAAACCAUUUCAAAUUGUCCCUAGAUGCCUCGGCCCUAAAGAACUUGUGCCUUUCAUGCAAGUUCCAAAGCCGCCUACUACUCAUUAUCAGACAUAAGACUGGUUCUUAAAAUCUUUUUGACAGCCUGCAUCCUUGGUCAUGCUAAGUAAUCAGUUAUAGGGCUCAGUAUGUACUGGGAAUAUUUGACCUCAGGCUACUCUGAGCAGAUAGAAAACAAGCCACUGAUAACCCUAUCCAACAGAACUGCACAGAUUGUGUCUUUUUUUAUUUACACUAACUGUGACAGUCUGACAGUCACAUUUCUUAGAUUCCUAAAUCAGCGUGCAAAGAAAAUCAGUUUUACAGCUUGCCAUUAGGGCAAGCUAGCAUGUACCAACUCAAAGUCAUUUUAAUUAGCCUAAUAAAAGUUUUGAUGAGCAGUAUUGAUUACAGUUCCUUUGUAAAGUGAAUUUCUAAAAAAAAAUUCAUUUGCCCAUCAGGCAAGUUGAGAACAGAAUUCACUAGCCUGGUUACGCAAUCCACUAAUCCUGGGGUAUCGGACAUGACUUUCUUUGCACACUGUAAAUAUAUCAUAACUCUCAUCUUUCUUUAUUAUUACUCAAAGCUUCAUCUGUCAUAGUUCUCUUUAAUUAUAAUACACAAUAAGUACAAUAUUAAACUGUAAUGCACUGAGUAAUGAUCCUUAACGGAACUCCAUAAACAUUCACAUAUUUAGAUAAUUUACAGAGCUGUCACUACAGCUCAGAGGCUGCAGAAUUAAUGCAUACCUAUUAGACAUCAUCAUGUGAGCCCCAGCUGUACUUUGGUACAAAAUAACACAUUUACAACACAAGAAACUCCCCCCCCAGGCAGCUACUGUUGCUAUUUCCCCUCCUACCAAAGUGACCCUCUGAUUUUAUACAUGUACAGUCAAUGUCGAACUGAAGCCCUUGUAAAAUAAUAAAAAUCCAAACAGCAUGGUGUUACAACAAAAGUAUAAAUAUAGAUAAUACAUGCAAAGGAACAAUUCAAUCUCAUAGAGACAGUAAACUGCAAAACAGUCCGUAUUUUUGAGUAUUCAAGUAUUAAAGUGCGAGCAGUCAAACAAGAGAUCUGGAAUGAGGCUGAAAACGGAAAAUAAAAAUUACCUGAGAUAAAAAAUUAACAACAACAUAUACUUAGAACUUCCCGUAUUGAACAGAGCGGUUUUCACUUGACUGUCGAAAGGGAUUGGUUUUGGUUUUGGUUUUGGUUUUACUACGCCCUUUGGUUGGCUAGUGUAUUUACUUUGGUUUUGGUUUUACGACAGUCAAGUGAAAACCGCUCUAAUGUGUAAUUUCCUUUUUGUAAACUGCGUAGUGUUGAUGACUCACUUCAGCCGUGGUAUUACAAAGGCUACAAAGGAUACAGCAGCUGUGAUAAUCGUCAUAAAAAUCUUCAUUGCUAGUUCAACCGUAAUACGUAUUCCCAGGAUUUUGAGACCCAUAUCUUUCUCAGACCAUGCAAUGCAUUGGUAUAACUGCAUAUCUUCUAAGGGAAGAUGUGUUGAUGUGGUUGUCAUGUGGCAUCUCUUUGCAGCCUGCACAACUAUGCGAUGUGAAGCAGCUGCCACUAUAGCUGGAGGGUAGAGCUUUACAAUGAUACUUAUUAGGUCGUAAAUAACAGUACCAAUAUAUUGCCAUAUAGGAUAAUCACUCCCAAAGUCAGAAUUGAAGUAUGCGAAACUGAAAAUGAUCAAGUCUAACGCAUGGUAUGCUAAAGCUAGUGAGAUUAUCAAACUAAAAUCCUUUUGUGUUCUUUCCAGUGAAGUUAGUAACUGGCUGUGUUUCUGUACAAUGUAUGUUGAUCUGCAUUCUCUUGACUUCAUUUCAUCUACGACAGUAUCAAUAUGCAGGCUAUGAACAUGGCAAACAAAGCCGUAUAUGCUCAACCAUGUUCCCCACCAGCCUGCAAUGUAUAGAAUAACGGGUAUGUACACUGCAUAGUGCCAGGAUUUGGAGAAGAAUGGAAACCAGUGCACCAUGAAAAAGGCAGCGCAAGUAACCCAAAGACAAACGGACAUCAGAGUGUACCAUCUUGAAAUUCGGCUCAGUUUUCUGUGCCAGUCGUCUGAAAUACACUGGACGCUGAAAACAAGCUGAACAAACUGGCCUUGGUUGAAGUAAUACACGGUAAAUACGUAUGGGCACAAGAAAACCAAACACGUACAAGCACUGUUCAUGAUUUCUCGAACAUGAAUCUUGUCUUUCUGUAAGCCAUAGUGGACAAAAUCCAGACACAUUAUUGCAACAAGGCAUUCUAGCCAAAGGACGUAAACAAUUCGGCGAUAAACUCGCCAGAUAAAUUUGAAUUUCCCAUCGUUAGGUUUCCACACGCCAAGGAUCUGCAGAAUGUAGUAACAUGGUCUUACAGCUUCCGAUGAGUGUGGUCCGUGAUCAACUGGACCUGGAAGAAGGCGAUUUCUUUCCUCGUACGAGUUGUAUGAAUAGCUCAGUUCUCUUUCGUUCUCUGAGUUUAUUGCCGUGUUUUGCAAUUCUUUGGUCGCUGCCAUAUUGUUGCAGCCCAGAAAAAGAAAUGUUUCCACUCCGUUCCGUCGAAACUGAAAGGCAGUUUUUAACUUCCGCUGUGCAUGAUAAUGAACAAUAAACUCGUUCCCAUUUCUCCCCUUUUGUCGCGAUUAUACUUUCCCUGUGGAUUCCGGUACAGAAAAAGUUGAUUUUUCGAGAAAAAAUACAUCCUUCUUGUGAUUUCUUUAUUGUAAGCAGCUGCUUGGUUUGCAAGAAGGCACCUACAGUAAACAUUUGUUCGUGAAGGGGGAUCGCGUUUCCCUAAUUUUUCAGUUAAAUAUCAUUGGUUAAUGUACAAACCAUUUCCGGUUUUCGCUAUUUCUGGUUUUUGCGGUACUUGCCCAAUUAACUUGGUCAGUUUUGCAAUCAUGUUAUAGAGUUUCCUUUGAAGGAAAACAUGCGCUCAGAGAGCUAAUCCUUUUGAUAUUUCGUUUCGCAACUCUCUUAAGGCGUGUUACCACAGAGCGGCGUAAAAGGUGGUCAACGUUUGCUAACGGGACUCAGUGUAGGAGAUAUUUCGUAAACAUGCCAGUGGCGAAGGUCUGUGAAAAUGGGGACAUCAACUCCAAAUACAGAAAACUAAGUUCAUCAUUUAACUCUUACGAGGAAGGCAGUCGGCUUCUUCCAGCUCGAGCUCAUUUCGGGCCACGCUCACCGGAAGUUGUACGACCAUGCUACUACGUCUUGCAGAUUCUUGGCAUGUGGAAACCUAGAGAUGGCAAAUUUGAGUUCAUUUGGCGUUUGUAUCGUGCUUUUGUGUGCGUCUUAUGGUUCGGAUGUCUUGCAGCCAUCAUGUGUCUUGAUUUUGUGCACCAUGGUUUUGACAAAGAAGAGUUUCGCUUUGGAGAAAUAAUGAACAGCGUUCCAACAUGCCUUAACUUACUAUGCCCUUUCAUAUUUACUGUUUACUAUUUGAAACAAGGCCAGUUUGUGGAGCUUAUUUUCACUGUGCAGAACGUGUCAUCUGAUUGGCAUCAAAAGUUGAGGCGCAUUGCAAGAUGGUACACUUUCAUGUCUGUUUUUCUUUGGGCAUUUGGAGCUGUGUUUUUCACAGUUCACUGGAUUCCAUUUUUGUCCAAACCGUGGCACUACAUUCUUUAUAUCCCCUCUGUUGUAUAUUCAACAGGCUGGUGGGGAACAUGGCUGAGCAUCUAUGGGUUUGUAUGCCAUGUCCACAGCUUGCAAAUUGACACUGUUGUGGAUGACAUGAAAUCAAAUGAAACCAGGCCUGUUGCCAUCAUGCAAAAGUUCUCCCAGUUACAAAACUCACUGGAAAGAACUCAAACAGAUUUCAACAUCAUUAUUUCUUUUGCUUUAGCAUAUCAUGCAGCAGAUAUAAUCAUCUUUAGCUUUGCUUAUUUUAAUUCUUCAUUUGGCAGUACUUAUGAAUUAUGGCAAUAUGUUGGUGGGGUACUUUUUGAUCUAAUUAGCAUUAUUGUGAAGCUGUACCCUCCAGCUAUUGUGGCAGCUGCAGCACAUCGCAUAGUUUUGCAGGCAGCAAGACGAUACCAGUUACAAGUGACACCUCUGUCCACUGAACUGCCUCUUGAGGAUAUGCAGUUAUUUCAGUACAUUGCAUUGUGCGAGUCAGAUAUGGGUCUUAAGAUUUUAGGGUUACGUAUUACUGUAGAACGAGCAAUGAAGAUAUUUAUGACCAUUGUCACAGCUGCAGUAUCUUUUGUAGCUUUUGUUGUACCACGUUUGAAGUAAGGGAAUAUCUGAGGUACAUGUAAUUCAAAUCCAGAUUCUAGAUUUUUGUAACACGGGUAAAGUAAGGGUGCAGUUCCUAGAGAAACAUGUAUUUCAAAUCCGGUUUAUAGAAUCCACUAAAAGCAUUUGCUUUUCUUUACUUAAAUAAUCCAUAGAAAUCCAUACUCUUAGCAGAUUCAUAAGAUGAAUGCAAAAAUGAUCUAAAACUGAAUUUUAAGGAUUCAUUAUUUAAUCACCUGUAUUUAAUCUCUUGGGCUUGGAUACAAAAAGGAUACACUUGGUCCCAGUUGUCAAAAGGUGGAUGGCACUAUCAACUGGAUAAAUCGCUAUCCACUAGAUAGCCCAAUAAGUUUCCCUCAUAUUUAUCUACUGGAUAGCGACUUAUCCGGUGGUUAGCGCUAUCCAGCUUUUGAACAACUGGGGCCUGACAAACAGUUUUUAUGGCCAGUAUAAUAAAAAGGAAUAUUUUUUGGAGUUUUCAUUUGUGUUGUCAUACUGUUCUCAAAAAAAAAAACAAAUCUUGGACUCUGCAACAAAAACACCCUGUAAGUUUAGCUGCCAGCUUCUGUUGGUGUUUUACAAUGCACAUUUUUGGACCUACUACUGCAGAUAUCAUAUCUGAUGCUUGAAAAGUCACUAUAACAUCCUUCAGACUGUGUGUAAUUUUGCAGCUGAAGGACAGAAACUGUUAACCCCAUCUUGUUCUGUAAUAACUUAAGAAUUUGCACCCCUUUUUAUCUUUAAUGCUAGCUAAAGUAGUAUCCUUGCCAUAUGCAGUGUUUAGUAUUUAAGUGUUAAAGUGCACAGGUAGGAUGUAAAAGUAAGUGCCUUGGCAAUCAAGUACUGUGGGCAAUUUGAGGCUUUCACUCUCUCACUUUACCCAUUUUCCCCAAAAAGUAGAUGGCUCACUCCUCAAAUUGGCCAGUUUUUUAGCCAGUUACAGGCACUUAAUGAGUACCCUGCUUAUGCAUAUAUCCUCACAUAUAUCUGCAUACAUCCACGCAAUGGUUGCCGCCUUUAAUUGUGGAUUAAUAAAGUAAAAGUAUAUCUUGACGCUAUUGACAUAAAGAGGAUAAAUAUCAAUGGUUUUCUGGGCAAAUGUGGUGCUUCCUUCGCCCUUCCCACCCUCCUCCCUGUUUUGGUUUAUUUGCUCCUUUAAUUUUUGCCCAAUACUGUUGCCAAUGUUCCAUGCUUCUCCUGCUUGGCCUCUGGAAUUGCGAGCAACUGUUAUACAGGCUAGUGUGUUUUUCUGGCUGUGGCCAUGUCAGGCCUUUACAGCCUCCUGAAAUUGUUUUUCUAUUCUUAGUCCAUCCCUUAAGCUCUGUGGUGGUUUGGUCUGCCCAUAAGCCUCAUGCAAUCUCACUUAGGAAGAAGAGUCCACCAAGACCUGAAGGUCUGGCCAGUAUUGGCUGUGCACCAUGUCUCAGUGGUCCAUUGUUUUUUAACGUGAUGGGUGAUUUAUCCAUUACCCUAUCGUUUGCAUAAUUGUGUAUCAAUAGUUUCAUCAUAAUCUGUCAUGGUCACUUUUUAUCACUUUUGAAAAAUAUUAUUGUACGUUGACUAGUAUUAUGUCAAGUUUACAUAAAAAUGUGAAAGUUCACAAUGUGUAUCACUGCUGUUUGUGUUUUUACUUUAGAGGCCUGAUGCUGAGAUUUUUGUAAGGUCUCUAAGGGCCCCCAGCCCUUUAAGACAUCUGACUUGCUACUUUUACUUGGUAUCUCAGAAGCGUUUUUGUAUCUCAGACCUAGGGUUGUCUGCAGUGCAGGCGUUUUCUUCCUCCUACACCAAUGUUUUUGCUCAAGCUUGGCAUUUCUUUAUGGAUGGAAAUUUUCUAAAUAAAGAGAGGAGGAAACCACUAAACUUGACAACUCAAGGGUUACUUCAAAUUCUUUUCUGACAACCCCCUGUUUUCGUCCGAAAAUGCCAUGUUGAAAUAAAAUGGGACAAAGAUGGCAGUUAAUCUUCCUCCACAUAAAAUCAAAUACGAACAUAAACAUAAACAAGCAGUCUUUGCCCACCCAAAAUAUGCCAGCACUGCAGACUACCUCAGAUCUGGGUUCUUGCAAGGAUGGCUCUCAAAGUCAAUAAGACUCAAGCUGGCAAGGUGUUAAGUCAUUUUGCAAUAGUCAAAGAUGCAUUUUUUUUAUCCUUCAGGAGUUACUUCAGCUCAUCAACUCUGAGCAAGUGUUGGUUAUCAGUGGUGAGACGGGCUGUGGAAAAACAACUCAGGUCUGGACUGUAUAGUUUUGGCUCAUUUGCUUCAUAUUCAUCUCUGGUCAAUGUUUUGGGGGUGUCCUUAUACAAUGUACUAUAUGGUUUCUUUUUAAGGGUUGUAGUAUGUUCUAAACACUGAUUACUUCAAUGGUUAUAUAUAUUUCUUUCAGGUCGCACAGUUUAUACUGGAUGAUGCUAUUGAACAAGGUCAUGGAUCAUUGUGUCGAAUCAUCUGCACACAACCUAGAAGAAUAAGUGCUAUUUCGGUGUGUUUUCUGUCGGUCCCACACCUUUUGAUUUACGUCACACUGCAGGCAAGGUUUUGGCAAUAAUAACCCGGUAUUUUUUUAAAUUGACUACAGGUUGCAGAAAGAGUUGCAGCUGAGAGAGAUGAAAGUUGUGGCGGAAAGAGCAGCGUGGGUUUUCAGAUCAGAUUGGAAAGGUGUGUACAUGUAUACUUAUAAAGCUGCCUUUACUCUCUGGCAUCCUACUCCUGUCAUUGCAAACUUUGCAAAAACGUACCCGUAAUAGUGGUUGAGUUUAUUAUUAUGGCCUGGUACAACAAGGGGAUUUUUGUUGAAGUGAGUUCUUGCUUACUGAUCACAAUUUUAACUUCUGUCUGGGAUUAAUGUCACCCUGUCUGGUGAAUGAAGCUUGUAGGAUGCAAUACGACCCACGAGUUGCCUUUAGGGGCAACACCCUUCCCCCAACUCAAUACAGCAUUCAAAAUUGGUUCAAGGAGCAGGAAGGCCAGAAAAAGGAUAGUCCCUGGCUCUUUUAUAGGGUGGGGCUUUGGUUUUGGCUUACCCCUUCCCUUUCGAAUGCUAGCCACUCAGGCUAUUAAAUUGGGGAUCGGAAGAAAAUGUAAAAAUGGCAAUCCGAUCAUGCAAGUGUCCCUCUCAUCUACUUUUAUAUGAAUCAAUCAAUUCCAGCAGCAGUGGUUAUGAUCAUCCUUAUCAACAAUCAACUUGAUAUAUUUUUUCCCUCGACUUUUUCAUUUGCAGCAAGCUUCCCCGAGAACAGGGAUCCAUUCUGUACUGUACAACAGGAAUUCUACUUAGAUGGCUUGUUUCUGAUCCGUAAGUAAAUUGAUGUUUUAAAAGUUACUUAGGAGGGCCUACAUUUAGAGCAAAUUUUAGCUUACAUUUCUCACAUUCUGCUGAUAACUGCGGCUUUUGCAAUAAGCGAGUACACAAGUAUACUUAAAACUUUAUAAUAGUGGUUGGAAGUCGUGUCAAUUUUUCUGCUAAUCUGACAUUUUACAGACUACUUAUUGGUACGAGUCACAUCAUACUUGAUGAAAUUCAUGAACGAGACGUGUUAUCAGAUUUCCUGAUCAUCAUUGUCAGAGAUCUUCUACCUAAAAGGUAAGAGUUUUACUUAAUUCAAUAUUUUUUAAAUUAAUUUUUAUAUAUCCAACACCAGAAGUCAUUGCGUUUAUUUUAGUUGAAGGUUAAACGGGAAAUUAUUAUCCUCAGCCCGAUAUCACGUUUCAUAGAAAUGAUCAGAUGAUGAGUACUUACAUAUUGCUGAAUAGUAUUCUAAUCUUUUUCAACUGACUGACCAAUAGAAAUGCCCCAUUAACUUAUUAAGUCACAAUGUGUGAUCCAAGUCAACAAAAGAUUUUGCACAGUCAGGGAAACUCUAGCCUGAAUUUCACCCGAUUGCUUCGAGUCGUUUUCUCCUCUCAGCAACAUAAACUGCAGCACUACGAUUUUUUCUUUAAUCUUUGCCUUUUUUCAUAAUCCGUCUUCAGAUCCUCUAGUAUUUAAACUAAAACAUUAUUGUAGACCAUGACAUCAGCAGCACCGCUUGUUUUUCCGUCUUGUGCUGCCAUCCUUGCUGCUCAGGUCCUGCAGUUUUGCCGUUUGCCGAAUGUGUGUCUUCAGGUCCUGCGUGGUUUUGAAAGGAAGGGGCCGUUUGCCGAGAAUGUGUCGCCCUCCCCUUCCCUUCCCCUUCCCUUUCAACGCCGGAGCUAAUAACGAUUGUCUUUGUCAUUGUAAUCUGUCAUUAUUAACAGGCCUGACUUGAAACUGAUCCUGAUGAGUGCAACGUUGAAUUCACAGAUGUUCUCUGCCUAUUUUGGUUUGUAACUCUUAAAAUUGACUUCAUUAUAGACAGUAACUGUACAUUAGGACUUAAAUUUUUAAACUAGUGUAUCAGGGGCACCCAACGAGGAUAUAGUUCAAAACCACUUAACAUAGCAUUGUUGAACGUAUUUUAGUAUUCAAACUAUAGGCAUAUUUUUAUUCCCUAAAAACUUUUUAUCUGUUCGGAUUUCCUAGCUGAAAGUCCAGUGAUCCGAAAAUUAUAGGAAUAAAAACUUACCUUCUCGAAAAUUCCAGCCAGGAAAAUCGAAAAUUUUAUCUUUUUAGGGUCAAAAUAAUUUACCAUUUUGAGACGUUUUAGGAGAGGCAGGCAAGCAAGAAAUCUUACAACAAAUGCUCCGAAAAUUCUAGAUCUCAAAUCGUCUUUCGAACAGAUAUUUUCCCGAAAAUUGACGUUGCGUGCCCCUGGUGUAUGCUGCACCACGGCUAUAGGGGUAUGAAGGACUCAGACAGUAGCUUGCAUGGGAGAUCUGAAAAUAGCCUGCGAAUAAAGUCGUCUCUUCGUGCAACCUCCCCGCUUGGGACGUAAAGGGUUUAGAGGUUGGGUGUGCAAGAAAGUCUGUCAUUCACAAUCUUAUACGCCCUUUGUGAAUGCUAACAUGAUUGUUAUUUCAGACCUUGUCUACCCCUCUUAUCUCAAGGUUUGAAUCUACCAUUAUGUGUAUAUGUUUUGUUAGGAACAAAUAAAUAGGGAGCUAAAAGCAACGACGAGGACGACAACAACGACAAUGUCAUGAAAACAAUUGGUUUUAUUAGCAAAACAACAAUUUUACACGUGCAUCACGAUCUUGAGUACAUUUCUUUAACGUCCACUGCUCGACUACGAAGUGAAACCAAUGCGACGUUUUUCGGGGGACGUGAACAUACCACGACUUAUUUUCGUUUGACCUAGAUUAAGUCCUUAAGAAUUCAACUCCAGGAAAAAUCGCUUACCUUCUUAGCGGGUCCAAAUAGACGCGACAAAGUUUGAAAGGAAUCGUGAAAGUAGGCAUUUUCACGUCGACGUUUGCAGUGUCGUCGCCGCCGCCGUGAUGCACCUGCAAAAUUGUUGUUUUGGUUAUUAAAUAUUGCUUUUUUUAGUAGGCCGUCGCCGUUAGCAUCGACGAUGGUGACGGCAGUGAAAACGUCACUUUUAAAAUGAAUUGGCGUUGUUUCGACCUUUGUCGCGUUUAUUCCAAUUUGCUUAAAAUGUCAAAUGCAAGGGAAUUUCCCUGGAGUUGAUUUCUUGGAAAACCGCCCUCAAGUUUAGAAACAGAAAGAAAAAUUAGUCCUCGCUUGUUUUCGUCUUCCAUAAAUUAGGCAUUUUCACGUCGUAGUCGUGCAGUGACGGCAAAGAAAUGUACAAAAACGCGUGAUGCACGUGCAAAGUUGUUGUUUCGCUUAAUAAAACUAUUGCUUUUGACGUUCUCGUUGCAUGGUAACUAACCGACAAAUGUUUUACGCAUGCUUCUGUCGAACUAAUUGUCAUUUUAUGUUUUUUUUUCUGAAGGAAAUUGUAAGAUGUGUCAUAUUCCUGGCUUCACUUAUCCUGUCCAGGAGUUUUUUCUUGAGGAAAUUAUUGAAAAAACAGGGUAAGAAAACAACUGCACAGCCAUGAGGAAACAAGUUCAUAACUUUUUACUCAACGUGCAUACGUCCGGCCAUAGGCUACGCUUUUCUAGAUUACAACCAUCGACAGUGUACAUUGGGGAGGCUGGACGAAGGGUGAUUUCAUGGAUUACAUUUAGCGUAACUUUAUUAUUUGUAUUUGUGUGUAAAGUCUUAUUCAAUUAAACUCUAGAGCUGUGAUUUUAAAGCUUCAAUAAACUACCGACCUAUCUAUGUACUUCGUAUCCUGAUUACCACUGAGAAGGCCACAUCUUUUCUUUGUAACGCGGUUUCCACCAAAGAAAACCUUCUGAGCCCAGUUGUUCGAAAGCCGAUUAGCGCUUAACCCGGGUUUCUUUUUCUGGCGUUCAAAAACAUUUUGUCGGGUAAUUUUCUCUGUUAUUUUUAGAGCUUCCAAUCGUCAACUAGUAGACAAAAAGAAUUAAAACUGAAAUGCUUUUUAAGCUUUCAAAUCUGAAUUCAAAUCUCGCACUAACCCUGGGUUAUCUUAACCCAGCUUUGAACAACUCGGCCCAGAUAGUAAAACGUCUAGAAUAGAGUGAGUUUUGUUUUUCAGAAAACAUUUUGGAAGCUUUUGCUUUCCAUUUUUCAAAAGAAAAGGGAUAAAAUUGACUUGCCGUUCCAGACAGUAUUGCAGGUUCAAGAUUAGCAUUACAUUUCGAGAGAACUUGUUUCCCCACUUUUGAACACUUGUUUGUCUUCUUUAGGGGGUCUGAUUUCAGAGUUUUUGACCAAAUGUUUUUCACUUCUCUUUUGCAGUUAUCACGUGGCAGAACGAAGCCAGGGCUUUAACAAAAGACAACCCAAAUGGAUGAAAUAUAGAGGAAGAAAAAGUAUUGCAAAAGACAGGAGAUUAGAAAAAUCCAAUGCAUGGCUAGCAGAGAGCGGCAGCCAAGAGGAUGACGAAGAAAUUGUUUGGCAGGAGUAUUUACACUCAAUCAGAGAUAGGUUAGACAUAGAGACUCUGUUAUACAAUGAUUAUAUGCGGUCCCUAGAUGAAAAACGGAGUGAAUGUUCUUAUUGCAAUGCCACUUAGUGGUUGCGAACCGAUUUAUAUAGAUUUAUAUAGUGUAGUACCGAGUAGCCUGGUUUCCUUAUGAUCGUCCAAGUCGUUUCAAAUAAUGUUCAGGCGAUCGGGACGAUCGAAACGACCCGGACGACUGAGACGACCUCGAUCACUUGGAUAGAAGUGAGUUCUAUCCGGACGAGUGGGACGAUGGUGGAAAAUUUGAAGCGAUCAUAAUUAUGAAAACGCUCUCAGACGACCGAGACGAACGAAACGAUCAAAGCUAUCCCAGAAAUCAUCACUGCUAUUCUAGUAAUCGGGGGAAAAUGCGGCCUGGAUGCCUCUGAAGUAUGAAAAGAUAAUACAAAAUGUUCGCACCGAGUAUGGGCGAUAUUUUAAGAAGAGGAAGUUCUGGACGUGAUACUAUGUCUUCGUGGAACUCUUCUAGCUUGUCUACGCCGAAAAAUUGAGAGGAAAAGUAGAUAGCAGGCCACGAGGUUCGCUCUCUGAUUAAAAUCCGCCAUUAAGUUUGGCUUGUUUGCGAGACACGAGCAAAAAUUCCGUUGUCUGACCAAGAAACAUCGUAGGCGACUACGCGUCUCUUGUCUUUGAGGCGAUCGUCCUGAUCGUAUCGAAAGUUUUUGAAACGACUGGGGCGAUCCGGACGAUCAUAUGGAAACCAGGCUUUAAAGUUUGUUUUGGGAAAUUUCCCGACAAAGCACGAGUUUUAAGCUCAAACUUUCACGUAUAAUGGCCUUUGGCGUAGAAUGAAUCCUUGUUCAGAGUGGAUUCAUCGGUUCAUUUGAUCUACCAUGAUCCUAGUGAUCUCGGAUCACUGAUCCUGAUCCGGAUCAUCUCAAAGGAACGCACCCUUAGAUCACUUGCUGGUAUGUACUCUUUACUCUUAUCUGAAAGGCCCGUUGUUCAAGGUCAUAACGGUCAUUACGGUUUCAAGUACAGAUUAUGUUUAUCUCUGUCUUGACAGAUUUUCACCCGGUACUAUCACCACCCUCCAAAACAUGGAUUUAGAGAAGAUUGACUUGGGGCUUCUCGUUAGAGUAAUCAAACACAUCUCUCUUCAGAUGGAGGUACAUAAUGAGAACAGUUAACUUCUAAACCCAAACUUCAACAUCUUAUAGUAUAAACAAAGUGUUUACACAACAAUAUUUGUUUUUAUCUCUUGUUUUGAUCGUCUCCUGUAUUCUUUUGAGCUCUACUCACGUGUGCCUUUGGUGCCUGCCAUCCGCCUCGAAGGACCAUUUUUUUCCAUUCAACUGUUGAGAGUUGUAAUGUAUUUAAUAUUCGGGUGGCUUAAACCUUUGUUACAUAAUUAAUGGCACGUUCAUUGGUGUUGAGAAUAUUUCUCACAGUAUAAUUUUAUUUUUCUCUAGGACGGGGCUAUUCUUGUUUUCCUUCCUGGUUGGGACGAUAUCAGCAAACUUCAUGACAACUUGAAGAAGGAAACGCUUUUCUCUUCAGGUAUCUUGUGGGGAUAACAUUUCGGGGAUGUGGCUAUUUAAGGUAACUAAACAUCGGUGGUUGAAUCCUCGAGCAGGCAAGGUGAAGCGAAUCCUGUGUUGCGAUUGGCUAUUCGAGCGGGCAAGAUGGGCCCCGCUCGGGUCCCGGAAGAAAACGUUCUCUUUUUGACAAUAUAAUAAGUCUUUUGUUGACCUUGUGUGAAGUCAAGAUGGCUGGUUGUUGGCCUUUUUUGGCGUUUUUGUUGGCCUCGGCGCGGUCUCGGUCUAUAAAAUACGCAACAAAUCACCUGGCCAAUAUUCAGCCCUUUUGAACUCACGCCUGGUCAAUAACGCAUAUAUAUAUUAAGAACAGUGGGAAGAAUUUUAGUUUCUGUGUUUUUUUGAGGAUUCAGCCGGGACGAAAGAGGUCUAUACACGCCAUUUUUAUUUUUUUUUCUUGUAGAUAAAUUCCUCAUUAUUCCGUUACAUUCUAUGAUGCCAUCAGCCAGCCAAAGAGAGGUAGCUAAUGCUGUGUUUACUUCUUUUAGUUUUACCGACUUGAGUUUUUGUUGAGAACACUUGUUAACUGAAUUACAAAACUUCGUUAACCCAAUAAUUUUACUACAGAAUUCCGAGGAUAGAAAAAUGACGCAGUCUAUGUGAAUGUUAGAAAUAAAAAUUGAUUCUUUAGGUUAUUUUAGAGGCGUUAAAUAGAGACUUGUGAUGAUUGUAAAACCCCCUUCCUCGCUUAACAAUGAAUCCGACAUUCCAAUUCAGUAUUCACGGGUUUACUGACAUGAGGAGCAGGGCUAAAAAAAACCCUCCGGUAGUCCGGGAUUUUCUUGCUGCAAGCAAGCAAUGGUCCGUGGCAAGCAAAAUGUAAGAGCUGCUUGCUGAGGAGGGGAUGAUCAAAUAAACAACGGAAAAAAAUUCCAAAAAUUCGGAGGAUACGAUCCGAUUCGGUUUUAUUAAGUAUGACUUAUUGCCCAAAGGCGUCGCAUCAGUUUUCUGGCACGGAUCUUAGUUCACUACUGUUGUUCCUUAGGUGUUUGAUCGUCCACCAAAAGGCGUGAGAAAGAUUAUUAUCGCCACCAAUAUCGCAGAAACCAGGUUAGUAAAUCACAAGACACAAGAAUAACAUUUAUAACAGCCUACAGUCAACAAUUUGAACUAAAGGAAAAAGUCCUUAUUUCACGUCGGUAACUCGUAACAGUAGUCAUUUGAUUGACAAACUGCGGCCGGCAAUGGUGCGCCCAUUUUACCCCCCCCGCCCCCCUCACCAUCGUUGCUCUGUUUUACAUGGAUUUAAAGCUACUAUAGCUACACGGAAAGGACUAAGUCGGAACAAGGAUUUGAGAUAACACUUGAGGAUCGAACUCGGGGCCUCGGCUCGCACAGAAGGCUGUACUCUGACCGACUGUGUUAAUCCUUGCUCAUACAAGGUAUACCUCAUUAAAACGUCAUUUAUUUUUCCCUUUGAUUUACUGUAGCAUCACUAUUGAUGAUGUGGUUUUUGUCGUGGAUGCUGGCAAAGUAAAGGAAAAGGUAGGGCGAUUCAUUGUUUUCCACUAAAGUAGACUCUUCGCGAUCUGAGUGGUUUUCCAAAGAGAACCCUGGAUGCAUUCAAAGCCAAAAAGAUUUCGAAUCCUCAACCUGUUAAUUGCAAAGAAUAGACCCUUUCUAUUUUAGUAAAGAGAAGUAAGCGAAUAUCCAUCAACACCGAAAAAAUUUUAUGUCGACACGGAAAGCCAUCCAGAAUAGUAUGACCGGCGCGGCAACGAACUGGGACUGGAACAACUCUUUUACACGCAUGCGCAGCAACACAUCGUGAGGAGCGGUUUUGUGACGGUUAGUCGGAAGGGUUUGGUACACUAAAUCCCAGCCUCACUCUUGAAUAUUUACUUCCGUCUCUGUGGGUUCUAGUCCUCGCACCUUACUCAUUUCCGCUACGGUUCGAAUACCCGUUCACCCUGCGCCAAAAUUGGCACAGAACCUUUUUCGAGUUCAGCCCGGCACAGCUUCGCGCUGUAACAUAAAUCGCGCCAUCACUUUCCUCAUGUGUUGACAGAGGCCCUUUCGGCCAUCCGGUAUUGUUUCGGUGCGGCUCAUGGUAUUCGCUGUUCCUUUGUUACCUGUACAAAUAAGUUUGAUUGUAUGCUUAAGGAAGUCAUCCACAAGUUCACUAAUUUGGUGUAAUACACCACUCUCAGCACCGCAGGAAAACGCUGCUCAGUAGGUUUUAUUGCAAUGGAUAUGAUUUUGGAUUUCAUAGACGUCGAUUACGGUGGAUUCUCGACUAUUCGAACCAGCAAGGGAAAACCAAAUUGGUUUGAAUUAUCGGGAGGUUUGCAAAAUCGUGGGUAACAUUAUAGUAUUUGACUGGUGAAGGGAAGCCAGGACUGGACUGAAUUAUCGGGAAUUUCGAAGAACCGAGGAUUCGAGAAAUUGGGAUUCUACUGUAUGUUUUUUAAAAAAAAAACAAUCUGAGUUAAACAGGCGCAGUAUAGUCCCUCAUUUCUAGGGGACAGUAAAGCGCGCGAGGAAAGGAAAGGCAGCACUAGGCGGGGAGAGAGAGAAACUUGCUGUACUAUCCCUAGGGAAAAUAAUAUAGAAGGAGUACUUGUUGAGUACUGUACAUGAUCAAUUAUUGGAUUUCUUUUUCACUAGACGUACGAUGUGAACAAUAAAAUUGCUUGUUUACAGCCAGUGUGGAUCAGCAAAGCUUCCUCGCUUCAAAGAAGAGGUCGCGCAGGAAGGUAAGUGUAACCACAAGCUACAGGCCACUUCCGAAUUAACUGCCCAAAGCCUCUUUAUCAAAACUAUUUGAAUAGGUAGUCUUUGGAACACCGCCAGUUGAACCAAGUUCGAUUUUAUGAACUGUAAGCAACUGGAAAGUUGAUACGAGCAAGAUGUUUUUUUCAGUCAGUGACACGGGUAGGCUCCUCGGGUGGGGAGGGGUGGGGAGUAUCGCGGGCGCAUCGAGAUACCCAAGGCUGGAGACUGAGCCUAUUACACAGGCGGCACGGAAGAAAAAAAUCAAAGUACUCCCAACAAAAGUUGAACCUAUGACCUUCUAGUUACCAGGCCAGAUGUUCUACCAUAGAGCUACGAGGGACUCUGACAACUAAACAAAGGGCGCUUUCCAUUUGUCAAAACUGACCGGCCAGCCCAGGCCAUUCCCAUCGUAAUGAGGAUUUCACUUUUAAUGAAAACUAACCACUCAAAUCAGUCAAAUCCUAAAUAUUAUACACAACGGAGAUGAUUUUUCAGCAAAACCUCUUGGAAAAAGCCUAAUUCAUUGCCAAAAUGUCUGGUCCGGCCGCCCAGUUCUGACUUUUGGAAAGCGCCCUAAGCGUUAAUGUACUCCGUUCAUUAACAGAGCUUUGGUUUGCUUGUCUCUAAUUGGUCAGUUUCUUUCUAAAGUAAUCCACAUAUGGUACCUCGUUCAUGACCAUUUUACUGCAAGUCGUUUUCAUGUUUCCUGAAAUAUUCGAUCUUAUCUCGUAGCCCUGCACUGUUUUUCCUUUGAACGGUUGAGUCAGAAAGUUACCCUCCUGUAAACACGCCUUUUUCACCGCUUCUUUUUUCCUCGUAAAAAGCGCGAGAUCUUCGGCGAAAUCCGGACCUUCUCUUUCUAUCAUUUGCCACAACGUUUGGUUAAACACGUCGUACAAUAGUACAUCACCCGAAUUCCAUUUCUGAAUCUGCUCUCUCGCUUGAUUCGUGAGUUCUUGUUUGUCUUUGUUCGUCCUUUCAUUGAGUUUAAAAUACAAAAUGUCCUCGAUUUCCCAACAAAAGCGUCGUUUUAGGAGUACAAGUGACUCAUCAAAGUAUUCCAUUAACAACACAAGUUGAAACUCUUGCUGCAACUGGCGAAUGUAGUCUUGCACCGCGGUGACAUUUUCGUGAUAUUUUUGGUCAAGUCCAAGAUCGAACAAUGCUGGGUUUUUUAUUAAGUUUGAGUAUCGUGUAUUAUGAAAUUUCAUGUGCUCCAUAUUAAAUGUUGCAUUCACCAGAAAGUUCUCUAGUGGUGAGAUAUUGUCUCUUUUGUUUGUAAAAUUCUGUGGAAGUAAACCGUAAUAGUUGAAGAUAGAUUCCAUCUGUGCAGAAGGCUCCCUCAACAUUGUGAUGUAGUUUGUCUUGUCCUUCGGGAAAAUCUCGUUCAUUGAGGGUUUGUUGUACCUAGCAUGAUUAUUUAGAAUAUUUGGUGUCCUGCCAAAUGUGUUUACGUAGCUAAUUUGGAAAGGUCGAGGCCAGAAAAAGUCGUAACCUUUAGUAGGCAAGGCGACGGUUAGGUUUCUUUUAUCCCCAUAGCGAUUUAGGAUAUUGGUCAAUGUACUUGUACCAGAUUUGUGCGUCUUCAAAAAUAAAAUAUUAUUCACUGGCUGACACGGGGUGGCCGUUUUUUUUGUGGUAUCAUCCUUCCAGUGUGUACUGCACUGGUCCUCAUGAAACCUAAAAUUAGUCGGAAAGUACACUUUGUGAGGCACAUGAUUUUUGUUAUAAUACGUUCAAAUUUUUAUAACACACAGUACAGUAUCAGUUAACCCUUUAACUCCCACAAUCUGAUUAGUAAUUGUCCCUUCUGGCUGCUAUAAAUUUUAUUGAAUGCUCUAAAUAGGAGAAUUUGUGGUUUUAUUAAUGUAACAUCCUCUUGCUGGUAAAUUUGCAUAUUCCCACUACCUAUCUGUUGGACAAUGUAUUGGAUAUUUUAAGGAGAAGUUACAUGCCCAUCACUUCUGGGCCCAGUAGUUCGAACGCCGGUUAGCGCUAACCCGGGGUUAAAUUUUAACCAGGGCUUAUUUUUUUUUUCAUCAAAAACACUCUCUCAGAUGAUUUUCUAUAUUUUUUUAGAGUAUCCAACCAUCAAAUUGUAGGCAAAGAGAAUUAAACUGAAUUUGCUUUUUACGCUCUCAUAUCUGAGUUCAAAUUUCGCGCUAACCCUGGGUUAUCUUAACCCACCUUCGAACAACCUGACCCUGGGUGUUAAAUAGUUAACUCAAAGGUGUAAACUGAGUUGAGUUGUGCAACAACUGGUCCCACUCAGGGCUACACAUACUUUGAUCAACUUAAAUCUCUUUAUGACAGCAGGCGCUGUACGCUCGUACGUUACGCGAGUCAGCAAAGUAUAUGUGUGUGUACUUUAUACGUGUCACUCUAGUUGUAAGAUAGGGUUUUAGCGACACUUCCCAAGAAAAGCCUUAUUUGUUUUCAAAAUGCUGAUAAGGUGAGCUAGCUGUGACAUAAGUGGACAUUUUGCAAGCUUAUCUUACUGUAAGUGCUUCAAUACAUUCUUUGAAUCAUAAAUCGUUUAAUAUAAAGCGUGAAAAUCAUCUUCUCCAGCCAGUGUGGUAAAAAAAAUCACAUUUUUAAGUGUCAAUGUAUUUAGAAGCAAUUCGUCAUUUAGACUACGAGUAGUCCCCCAUUUUUCCUCAGGGAUAGUAGACCGUGCGAAACGCGAGCGCGCGUGAAAAUCACCCCACGCGAGAAAAGGCGACACGCGGCGGCUGUUUUUUCUUCCCCUAAGGGUCCGGAGAACUCCAGUAGCAUCGGUUACCGUUUUCUACUUCUUCUGUUUUUAUAUAUAGGUCAGUUCUGUGCUAUACUCUUAACUUAGUUCCUUUACCCGUACGCAAAAUGCUCCUGCAGAGAAUCUGCAGAGUUAUAAAGAAGAUACCGUAAAAUCCCGAAAAUAAGCCCCUCCAUGUAUAAGCCCCUCCAAAUACAGGUCCCCCAAUCCAGUAACGCAAAAGACCCUCUGUUAAAUCGCCCCUCCAAAUAUAUACCUCCCGGGGGCUUGUACUUGCAAAAUUGCCCUCAAAUACAAAGUAAAACAAAGUAAAAAUGGUAAAUGUACUUCCAACUAUAAGGCUAGCCGAACGAUCUUGAAACGCAAAUUUCCUUCCGUAGAUAAGCCCCUCCGAAUAUAAGUUCCUCCAAAAAUAAGCCCCUCAAAAAGGGCCUUUGAAAAAGAUAAGUCUCGGGGCUUAUUUUCGGAAUUUUACGGUAUACUAACAAAUUUAAUAAAUAUAGGGAGCACUAACCAUAAUAAUUUUUUGGUGAUUUUUGUAGGCAUAGCAUUAGAACCGCCAAUUUUAAAGAUUAUGGUUAUUGGGUUAUAAAUCGCGAAGAAAUCAUUGUCCUCUCAUUUGUAUUUUUUUCACCAGACGAAUUACGUUUUAACAUGCUGAAGAUUUUUUUUGCCAGGGUGGCACUUGGACAAAUAUCGAACAUCUUGACGUUUCUUAGACUUGUUUACUUCAUGCAAAUAUCCUUUGUUCCAAUAUUAGCGUUAACGUAGCUUUUUCCACGUUAUUAACUGCGUAUUCUGCCAGUUCCAGAAUUCAAUGUAUUUCAAGGGAGUUUUUUUUGAGGUUGUAAAGUUUUCACAUUUGUCAAUUUCCUAAUUUUACAGUUUUUUUGUUUUGUACACAAUAUUUUAGAAAGCAAGCGUUUAAUAUUAAACACCUACACGCCGUUUUGAAUAUUGUUCAAGUGGUAGGGUCAACGUUUUGGGAUGUUUCAAGUGGUAGGAUAUUGCUGAUCUUUGCUUUCGACCCUUUAGUUUGCUUUAAAAGUGAGUCGUAGUUCUUGUCCAGCAACUGCAGCGAAUUCGAAAAACUCUUCGAUCUUCUUACAAAUUCACCUGGGGCGCUUUCCAUUUAGGAAAAAAACCCGGAAAUUUCGGUGGGAGCAAAAGUGGAAUUUCCGAUUGGUAAAAAGUGGUUCCAUUUGGUCGUAAACCCCCGGUACGUGGCUGUACCCGACCGUGGACAUAGUGGAACUGGUACAAACUACGAGAAACGUGCAAACAGAAAACGAAGUUCCGUUCGGAAAUCCCAACCGGGAAAACAGGCCCAUCUUUUUAAAUUUUCCACUUUUUCUGGGAAUUUUCCAGUGGACGAACCGACGAACGAAACGUGUUCCAUUUACCGCCGAACCCGAAAUUCCGGAAAUUUUGUCUAAAUGGAAAGCGCCCCUGGUGAUUAACACGAUUUCGAUGAGAAUCAAUUUUUUUAUUUCGUCGGCACUGAACAUUGUGAUAAUUACGUAAAAAAGACUACACAUGAAAAUAUUAGCCUGCGUAGCGUGCUACUUCGAGGUGCCGCUAUUUAUCUAAAACAAAAAAGGUUCUGUUCUCAUUGGCAGCGGGGACUGUAUCUCAAACAACAUGAUUCUGAUUUAAUGUAGACGCGGUUCUUGAAUUUCAUCUUCAUCAUCAUCCUAACUUUCGGCUGUCGCUGUGUCGGGUUCGCCGUGAAACCUCUUCGAAGUUGUUUGGUCAGACUCUGUGGACCUUCGAGCGCGUCUGAAAUUUUAUGGGGGAGGAUUUCAUCUUUCCGCUUCAGAAAUCGUGCCGCCCUAAACCAAAUCCACGCAUGCUCUCCUAAAUGUACCGUGGAAAGGUCUUGUCGAUUUUAUUUAACUUCCUGGCAGUAUAUUAGAAAGGACAGUUAGGCCUUGCACAAACAAAAUAGCCCGAUCGAAGUCAGCCUUGCAUGCAAUUCAAGUAAGAGUCUAUAUAGCAUUUAUUCAUUUAAUAUAAAAGGUAAUCGUACUUACUGUUCUUUGACACGGCUUGGAACUGUUUCUGCCCAAGGUAAGAAAUGACUAAAACUAUUAAUGAUUACAAUGAAGGCUGUUAGAGUACAAGUUGAUAAAAUAACAAACGUUUUGAGAACGCGUGGGAUACGAACCAUCAUAAAGUAACAAGGGUAAGAUUUCGCCCAACUAAUCCUUCAAUCAAAGCCCCUUUUGACGCUAACCAACUGCCAGCAAUGUUCUUAACUAUCCUUCUGUUGUUAACAGCGACGAGUACGUGAACCAAUCGUAAAAGCAAUAUAUUUAAGCCAUUAAAGCAAAACACUUUACUUAAAAUUCAUUUCUUUUGUUUUAUCCCCCCAAAGCCUUGGAGCAAGUUUUUUUUUUUUUCCUUUUUUUAAUAACAUUUAUUUGGUUACAACACUUCUAAUGAUAAUACUUACAUUUAUAUGGAGGAAAAAUAAAAACAACGUACAAGAGAUAAAGGAAAAAUACAAUAUUACAGCAUUUACAUUUACUCGGAGCAAGUUAGGCCAACUACGAUUUUUAACAUAUUAAAGUUGGGUCUAUUGUCGUGAAUUCAAUUUCCUGCGAGCUGAGGUCUCUCAUGACGAGGCAAGUUUGCCUCGUCUUGAGAGACCUCUGCUAGCAGGCAGUGAAUUCAAUUUCCCGCUUGAUUGAUUGCUGGUUUAUCCGCCUUUUCUUUCCAGAACUUGCAGUUUGAGAGAAUUUGUAGAGUUUCUCGCUUCUCAGCGCUCAUAACAUACAAAACUUUUAUUAAAUUUCACUUCGCACGAUUUCUACGCAGCUCAUACUUUUGAUUCUUCACAGCGUAACGUUUUCUUCAUUGUGAAUAUAGCAUUUUGUAAGCCCCAAAGUAAUAAAGUUAUCAAUGUCCUUUUUUUAUUGUAAACCUCAAAGUCUCGCAGGCGAUUAUGAAUUUGAAUCCACUGAAACUUCUCUUUUUACAUUAAAUUAAACGUUACUAAGAUACCGACUGGUCUUGUAAACAGCCAAGAGAAACACACAGGCUUUUUGCACAUUAUACUGGCAUGUCUUCGAGCAUUUUAGUGAGGCAAACGCAUUAAGCAUUAUUCGAGUAUUUUAAAGGCAUUUUCCCGAAAAAUUGCUAUUUUUGAUCAGAGAAAAUGUAAAUUGUAAUUAAUGUCUUUGCUCUAAAUGUAAAAGAUAUAUAUUUCAAUUUCACCUCAAUACAGCCAUGUAGAGGAUCAUUUUUCUCUGUAUUAAAACUCUCAACUUGUCAUACCUACAUUUUUGUGCUCUUAAACCCUCUUAAAACUGAAUUGGGAUUGAUAACGAAAAUUCUCUCUAUAAUGAACAUUUUUCGAGCAUUUUCUUAAAUGCCAUUUUUGGGUCAAUCCUUUAACCGCCAGGAGGGACAAACAUCUACUUUGUUAUGUGAAGAGGGGAAAUUAUUAAACAGUUUUUUUGUCAUUUUCGUGUUCGAUACUUGUUGGAGGCCCACAACUGUAAAAGUACCAAACGGUAGUCGUUUUUUUUCAUUAUUAUUUCAGCACUCUAUGGGGAACUGACAGGUCACAAAUUUUUUUUUCGUACGGGGUACGACAGACCCCCCCCACAUUUUUUAGGCGACUACCCCCUCGGGGGGGGGGGGGAACAACGCGAAAUUUUCGCGCAACAAAUAACCUACGUUAUGGCUAGUUUAUUUGUGCUAGAAUAACUUUUUUCAUUCACCUUCAAAUGACUGUCAGUUUGCAGUAGUUUUGUUUUGGAACAUCAACGGCCUUACCAUGGAGGCCUGAGGUUGUUUUGCUCACUAGCGGCGAGAAGUCUAAAGAGCAAAGUGCUGAACAAUAGCUGAUUUUUGAUUAUCGCGACACCUGUUUGUUUUCUUUUUUGCAUGUUUCGCAUUGUAGUCGAUAGCCCGAAGUACUCGUAGGAACCGAACAUCCCGAAUAUAGAUUGCCUUUUUCUUCUUAUGAUAUAUGAAUUUCUGAAGUUUUUAGCCAAGAUUUGCUGUUAAACAGAAAAUGUUGAUGGAAGACCAUUAACCAGCAAAUCAAAGGCAGUGUUGGGUUUUGCACUUUACGCGAGGAAAAUGUGGCUCUGUGUUGGAAGAGAAAAUUACUCCUCUCAAGAGCUAUUGCUCCCUAUAAUAUUCAUCAGUUGGAAAGAUUCCUUUGUUACGAAAAUAGUAGGGAGCUUGAGCAACGACGACAACGACGGCAAUGAAAACAUAGCAAAAAAUUAAUUUGCAUCCCUUCAAACUUUAUCGCGUCUAUUUGGACCCUUCAGUUUUUCAAAUAAAGGCGAUUUCUCCUAAACUUGAAUUCUUAAGUACUUUCUCCAGGUUCAAAAAGGCUGAAAGAGAAAUUCGUCGUCGUAUCUUCUCGUCCCCCAUGAAACGUUGCAUUUAGGAAGUUUCACGUCGUAGUCGUGUAGUGGACGUCAAAGAAAUGUACUAAAAAUCGUGGUGCAUGUGCAGAACUGUUGUUGUGCUCAUAAAACCAAUUGUUUUUUGACGUUUUCGUUGUCGUCGUGGUCGUGGUCCUCUCUCACUCUGUCCUCUUUACCGAGCACACCAAUAAUGACGCAACAGCAUUUUCUGCGGAUUACCGGUAGGUUGCCUAACCUGCGUACCAGAGGUUUUUUCUCGCGUGCGACGAGGAGCUUCGUCGGCCAUAGGCCGAAGACACGAGCGGCGACCUGAAACCGCGCAUGAAAAGCCUCUGGAACCCAGGGUAUAGGUUCCCGUACCUUUAAAGCAAGCCGUACGGGAUGGUGCCAAAAAGUGUAACAAAUUGACCGUAUGCGGAAAAAAAACUCGGGCUUACAGAAGAAACCUUGUCAGAAAACCACUUUAAGCGCUCCAAAAAUACGUACCCAAAGUUUGAGUACAGAACAUAGUAAAGCUACUUCAAUUUAAUUCUGAAAAAUAAAAGAGUGAUUUUUACACAGAGUCCAGCCUGGCUACUGUUUCCAUUUGUUCACUCAACACCGUGCUGAGGCUCUUGAAGAUUAUCAGCUGCCAGAGAUGAUGAGGACACCCCUCGAAGAAUUGUGUCUUCAGAUAAAGGUAAUCCGUUUAGACCUCUUCGAGUCCUUCUUUCCUUCGUUGAAAACGGAGAAUUUUUUCUCCGUUUUCAAAAAAAUACGCAUGCACACUAGCGUUAGCCUGCGUAGCAGGCGCUUGAAAGUAGUGGGCACAAGAAAAAAAGGGCGCGCGAGAAGGAGACGAGCGUGUCUCCCUCGCGCGCGCCCCUUCUGUCUUUCGCCCACUACUUCCAAGUGCCUGCUACGCGGGCUAACGUAGCGUAUUCGAAUCGUUUUCGCCCGUCCACACGAAAACGCUAAAACGCUAGAAAUAUAGCAUCUCUUAUGGAGCAUGCAUCAUGCUAGUAGUAUAUGAUGUAUGACAUCGUCGCAUUCGAAAACCUCCGUUUUCGUCCGUCCACACAGAAACGGAAAGCCGGCGUUUUCAAAAAUCUCCACUCUUGGGAGCGUUCUUGAAAAGAUGAGUUUUCGGUGACCGUUUUUACCGGAUACGUGUAGACGGUAAGCCAAAUCGGGGAAAAAACUGUCCGUUUUCAAACAAAAACAGAUACGUGUGGACUGGGCCUUAGGGUCAGUUCAAGUUGACAAAAUUAGGAAAUGAGCAGAUAAAACCUGGUCCAAAUAACAGACCAAUUUUGUAAAUUUCAUUUACGGAUUAGACCAAUUUCAGUAUAUAUUAAAAUUCAUACUUGGCUCCGAGGCUUGAGGGAACAAAACAAAAGAAAUGUAUUAUUCAUUACUGAGCAUCAAGAUGAUUUCUUUUGUUUUAUUCCCUCAAACCUCAGCACCAAGUAUCAGUUUUAAUAUAUUGAAAUUGGUCUAAUCCGUAAAUGAAAUUUACAUGAAACUAUUUAUAAUGAAAAGUAACCGAAAAGGGAAAAGGAAUACCAGGCGACUUUAAUUGCAUUUCUAUUGAUGUACGCAAUCCGGUGGGAUUUUUAGCUCUUUCCUUCUAAAGAGUGACUAAUAGUCAAGAUUCAACAAUAUUUUCUAAUUUGACUCUGUAAAAUGCUGAAAAAUAAGAAGCACUAUGUAAAAGUACAGCUAAAAUCGUUUCAUUUGAGUGGUCACAGCACUGGAUUUUUUUCACAGACUCAAAAGUUAGAUGAGCCGCGUUGCACUCGCACACUCUAUAUCUCACUCUGCGUGAGUGAAAGGAAGGGUUGUUGAGGCAUGGGAUGCUUAUCAUUUACAUAAACCACCCGGGUGUUAAUCUUGUGUAUAAAUAUAAAACUACAAAAUUUGACGUGGUAGGAGGACGAUCCGCUACAAGGUAUAUCCAACUCGGCUAAAGACUAAAACCAGUAGAAAAAUUGCAUCAUCUCUAAUCACAGCCCAUGUUUUCUGAAACUUCUAAAUGGAAUGGCGCGAACCACUUGAUUUUCCAUCCGGAAUUUCCAGCUUCCCCAUGUAACUGGUAAGAACCCUCAGGGCCGAGCCUCCCUCAGUAGGCUACCCCCGAUGGCCAUGUGUGAAUAUGAACUUUGUUUACGUUCUGUAGUAAUGAAAAAGUAUUUUCGCGUCAAAGCGACUUCGCAUUUACUUCCGAUUUGAAAAGCGCCCACUUUGCUAAUUUACAAAACCAAGCGUUGAUAGUUUUGUUGUUUUGCCUUUGUCAGAUUCUUAAACUGGGCAUGAUCAGACCCUUCCUGUCCAAGGCCCUGCAGCCUCCUGAGGAACAGGCCGUCAUCAAUGCACUGGAAGUACUUCGGCAAUUGGUAGGAGUGUGAGCACAUCUCACAUCUUCUUACUGAUUUUUUUACUACAACUUCAUGGACUAAUUAGACUGUAAACACUUGCACUCACACGGGUACCUAGCCUCCCACACAGACAUUCUUAGGGCUUCCCCACGAAGCCCCGGGGGAGGGGUGGGGGAUUCUCGACCAAUAUUUGGGUAUAGUUGAGUCGCUGAGGGUUUGAAACUCCGACCCUGUGUAGUACAACAAAUCCUAACAUACGUAUCCUAAUUAGGACAGCACUCUCAAUUUUAUUACCCUGUUCAGGAAAAAGGAUAAAAUGCGCGCCGUUUUGGUUUUAAGUCCUUUAUUGGCAAUUGCAACAGAGUAAAUUUACGUUAUAGUCAUUUCUUCGGUAUACUUGAAGUACAAGCGAAUUUCAUCAAGCAAAUCAAAUCAAUCGUGCAAGCAAUACCCUGUUUACAGUAAGGCAGACUCGUGCGAAAUUAUAUACCCUGUCUAGCACAGAGAGGACAAAAAGCAUACUCUGUCCAGCGGCCCAUCCUCGUAUAGGCCAUAUAAGGGAGUACAACCGCCGGUCACAGUGUCUAAGAACGUCUGCGAGGGAGUUAACGGGUUUUAAAGUUUACGGCUUAUUACUCCCGACUGAGCAGUUAAAGACUUAAAAAAAAAGUGCAGCGUAAUUGAAAAAUACCUAAACUGGUACAAAACCUCGAAGCGUAGGCUUGUAAUUUGUAUUUUAUUUUCAUUAAACAGAACAUGUCGUGUUUCUGCUUCGUUUUAAAUCACCAAAAGCCGUCAGUUACCGGCAUGCAUUUGUGACACGCUAGCCUGCACCUCGUAUUUUCCUGUUCAUACCACAGUCCACAUUUUGACGUAAUCUAUCAUCUGUUACUGAACACAUGCAAAGCAAUAUGGUACCUGUUUGUUAAAUGUUGUGUUGAUGAUAUUGCAGAAUGCACUGGACGGCAACGAAGAACUGACUCCUCUUGGUUAUCACUUAGCGGCCUUACCUGUCAGUCCACGAAUCGGCAAAAUGAUCUUAUUUGGUGCAAUCUUCUCUUGUUUGGAUCCUGUGCUCACUGUUGCGUCCGUUUUAGGAUUCAAGGAUCCUUUUGUCUUCCCACUGGUAAGCUCAAACCGACCUAAUAGUCUUCCUACUCAGUUUCUGACAAAAAUAGCUUUCACUCCUCUGGAAAUCCAUACCUGGUAGGCGUAUUGUUCACGCAUUAAACACCAGAUUAAGCACGAUUUUUGUGCUCCCAUGUGAACGGGUGUUUCGUACCGGAAGUAAAUAAUCUGACCUACGCAUCCUUACGCAUGCUUUUAGCGCAUACUCAUCUGGUUUACUACAGAAUGCCGUAGUAAUCCUCAUAACCUAAAUUUCACCUCGUUUAGUGUGGUGGGUCUUCACACAAUAGUGGGUUGAUUUCUCUGUGGGCACAAAAAUCAACCUCGUAUAAAGGGAUGGCUCUUUCAUGUCUGAAAUGAGUAGUAAACGAAAAGUAGAGGGAACACCUAGUCACGGGGUGCAGAUUGCCUGUUCAACAUGAUGCUAAUUUUCUCCAAUAAGUCGCUUUUAAUUUUUGUGUGAGACUACAAUGAGUUGCUUUUUGGGACUGAUUAUGUGAUCUCUAUAACGUUGUUGAGUAUAUUUUACGUCAAGAUUUUAAUCCAUAGGGUAAACAGAAAGAAGCUGAACAAGCGCGCUCUAAGUUCGCUGGCGACACGCGGAGUGAUCAUCUAGCCCUUCUAAAUGCUUUCCAGGUGAAUGUUUUAUCAUCAGAUUUACAAGUGACUGGAUACUGCUUGCUCCAGCUGUCCAAAAUGUGGGCAACAACUACUUAUCAGGGUUGGCAAUGAUAAGUAAACUUUGAGUGAAAUGCAACGUAGACUGUUCUUACUCUCACAUCAGCCUUAGAUUUCGUUUCAGAUUUUUUAGUGGCUACCUAACUGUCAAAAUGGCUGUAAAAUUUACUUUGUUGUAGAAUGUCAAAAAAUAAGCUGCCUUUUAAACCCUUUUAAAUUUUUUAAAUUUAGAUUAAAGGUGAAAACCUUUUUUUUUUUUUAAAGAAAUCACUGUUUCUGUGGAUUUUCUCGCCAGAACAUGUAGAAUCUGGAACUGUUUAGCUAACGUACUUGAUUUCAGCUCAGUGUCCUCAUUAAUGGAUGUUCCUCAGACGUUUCCUGAAAGUGUUCUAGUGUUCGUUCCCUAGAUUGCCUGAUCCUUUGUUGUAUGAGGCCAUUUGCUUUGUAUCUGUUACUUCUUACUCUCUUACGCUUUAAUUGACCUUAUUAAGCUGUUACAGUCUCCCCGACAAUCCCCCUCUUAAUUUAGUAGUGGUGCAUGGUGUGUGCUUUAUUUUUCUUGUUCAAACUGCUUUUACUAUCUUUUAAUUUAUACUUGUGCAAACGAAACUUGUAUUACAGUUAACUCUCUCUAAGACAGACGCCAUUGGAACAAGGACUUAGUGUCCGUCUUACAAAGGGAGUCAAGAAAGGCAGGGACCAACUCUAGGUGUCCGUUUCACAGAGGUGUACAUUUUAUAGAGUCAAAUAAAGGGAGUCAAGAAAGGCAGGGACCAACUCUAGGUGUCCGUUUUACAGAGGUGUCCGUCUUACAGGGUUGUCCCUUAAAAGGCAGUUGACUGUAGUAUUAUUAUUGAUGUUUUUGUUUGUAUUGAGCUAUUAGAGCGGUUUUCACUUGACUGUCGAAAGGGAUUGGUUUUGGUUUUGGUUUUGGUUUUACUACGCCCUUUGGUUGGCUAGUGUAUUUACUUUGGUUUUGGUUUUACGACAGUCAAGUGAAAACCGCUCUAAUUUUGUUUUUUAUUUGUUUUUGGUAUCAGGGCUGGGAACAGUCUGUGAGAAAUAGACGUGAAAGGGACUUCUGCUGGCGAAACUUCCUUUCUAUGAAUACUAUGAAGGUAAAAUUACUGCAAAAUCCACACAGCUAAAUUGGUCUUCCAAGGACUUCAUGUUAGCUUUUGCAAAAAUGGGGUUUUACUUGUAAUCGACGUUUUUUAUCAAACAUUGUUGUUCUGUUGUUGUUGUUGUUUUGAACGCGGUGUUGUUUCAGACCGCUUUAAGAUGAGUGGCCGGGAAAAUGCCCACCCUCCCGUCCCGUGACCCAUAAUUUUGCUCUAAUUAAGAAAUCAGUCUCUUAACGUUGGGUUAGGAAAGGGCUGUGUGGACAGUUUCCCAUAAUUUUUAUACCGGUCCACUUCAUUAAUGGGCUGUGCUGUUGCCAGUAGUAACCGUUUUUAACGUUUUUAAAGCCUCGGUUUAGACCCCCACUGAAACAACAGUCGUUUUCAAACGCGUUAAAAGGGGGGCAUUUUGUACGGUUGUACCAAUCUUAUAGGCAUCAAAACUACGCUGUGUUCUUAUUCGUUUGGAUGAAAAUGAUGAAUUCAGUUCUAUGAGAAGGUCGUAUCGUUUUCUAGCAAGCUUGUUUCUUGGGAUGCGGGUCUUUUCGCACGUUGUUUUCUCGGUCCUUUUCGGUGCGUUUAAAGUAGACUUCGCUUAUAUUUCUUUUGUUAAGGUUGUCCUAAUACAAAGGUCUGUUUUAUACUUUAAAAGCAGGACCGGGUUGUUCGAAGCUGGGUUAAGAUAACCCACGGUUAGUGCGAAAUUUGAACUUGGAUAUGAGAGCUUAAAAAGAAAAUUCAGUGUAAUUCUCUUUGCCUACAAUUUGAUGACUGGAGAAAGAAUAGAAAAAAUUAUCUGAUAGGUUGCUUUUGAUAAAAAGAAAAAGAAACCUGGGUUAAAAUUUAAUCCAGGGUUAGCGCUAACCGGCGUUCGAACAACUGGGCCCAGGACUCAACAUAUUUGAGGUAACCAAACAUUUUUGAAUGAAACAUUAAGCGAAGUUAUAUUCAUUUUUUUCUAUUUAAUUUCAGAUGAUAAAAGAUAUGAAGAAGCAAUUUUCUGGAUUACUUCAUGAGAUUGGAUUUCUCGAUUCAGCUGAUCCUAAGGCGCCUGCCGCCAAUCGCAAUUCAGGUACUUUAGUUUUUCCUUUUCUUUAAGUUUCUCUUCUUCUUCCUUAUAUUUGUUCUUUGUUUGACAAUUUGCAGAAAAUUUAAAGCUUGUAAAAGCCGUUUUAUGCGCGGGUUUGUAUCCAAAUGUUGCCAGUAUACAGCAUCAUCCAUCGUUUAAGAGGUAGGCAAUAACAUUCAUUUUGUUCUCAGCCCCUUGAGGGGGCAGUAUGCAGAGAAUGGAAGUGUUCACCUAAUAACAACAAAGAUCCACUUUAUGAAUAGCACACUUUUAUUUGUAAAAUUUGUUACAUAAAAUCAGUUACAGAGUGUUUUUGGAAGGAUGUAGACUGAGACUGUAAAAGUGCCUGGGCGGGUCAAGGUUUUAUUACUUGGCCCGGGGGUUUUUGGGAGAAAUCAUUGGAACGUCCAUUGAUGUCCCUUCACUGACCAGUUACGGUAUCGGCGAGUAUACUUUGAUGAUGUGAGCGUAGUUUGCUUAAAAAGUCCAAGAAUUUUCAAGAUUCUACUCUUAAACCGUGAUUUUUGUUUAGCGGGAGGGGAGGGCAUUAUCAGAGACUAUGGGGACGUCAAAUUCAAACGCCGGUUUUCAUGGCACAGCUUUGUCGCAUGCAACGUUCUUAUGAUAAGCCGACGACACAAAUCUUAAACCGGUAAAACCUAUAACCCUUUUCAACGUACGCAAAAAUUACAAAUAAAAAUACUUUCAUCUUUGCCAUCGUCGCAAAAUGGAAGUCACAAAAAGUUGUUUGUUUGUUUUCCACCUGCAGGCCUCCUAAACUUCGAACACAGGAAGAUGGCUUGGUGUAUCUUCACCCCAAGUCAGUGAAUGUUGACGUCAAAGUGUUUGAGGACAACUGGUUAAUUUAUCACGAAAAAAUGAAGUCAUCCUCGGUAUUAUAACAAACCUAUAAUUUCAUUUUUAAAACUAAGGAAAACAGCUCUUCCGCUGUUUGUUUUGUGUUAAUUCUAACACAGUGAAAUAGGCCAUUUCCGAGUUUCCCCGGGCCUCUGUAUCAAAACGAGGUUAAGUGUUCAGCCUUUGACAUGGAAAUGGUUUUUCAUUCUCAUGUAAAUAAAUCUCAUUUUCACAAGAAAGGUUGUGCACUUGGCCUCAUUUUGAAAGUGAUUGUCUUUGGUACUCGGAAGUGACCUAUUGGAGUUUGGUACCCUUGUCACGUGUCAGCUUGAAGAUCUUUCCGAGUUCUAAUUGGUCCAGACGAUUUCACUCGCUUGGUCCAGGCUACAUGUAUUUGUUCUGUGUCUUAACACCCGUUUUCUUGUACCCUGCGAGCGGUGGUUUCUUCUGGCCGGAGAAACCACUGCUCGCAGGGUAAUUUUCUGGUGACUUAAAUCCUAAAACUUGUUUGUAUCAUAAAAGGUGGUUUUGUGCUCGUUUAAUCUACUCUAAGGGAGUAGUUCACAGUAUUUUGUAAGAUUCUGUUGGGCUUUGUAUAUUUUACAUCACACUUACGAGAAACAGCUAACCGAUAUUCUGAAAAGUUUUCUAAUAUGCAAUCCAUUGUAAUCUUAUCUUCUUUUACCAACCAUUACCAUGCACUUUUUAGUCUUCCUUGCAUUUCUUCUUUGAUUUUCUUUAACUCUGAGUGUUUGGUUUGUUAUUUAGUUCUAUGAACAAUUUAUAUUGAGUAAAUCUAAAAAUGGCUUGAGUAAAUGAUAUAUUUUUGCCCGCGUGAAAAUAAACGGUCUGUUUAUUUGUUGCAGUUAUUCCUGUACGACAGCACCAUGAUCGCUCCCUUUCCUUUGUUAUUCUUUGGUGGUGAUAUUUCUGUGUUUAUGGAAGAAGGCUAUGAAACUGUGGCCGUCGACGACUUCAUUAAGUUCAAAUCUCCCACAAGAAUCGCUAAUUUGGUUAAGGUUUGUGUGGUUUUUAGGAUAUCGCCAAACAAAGUUAACUGUUCAAUGAUGACCUACGGACUAUUUCAUACAUGCCAAAAAGAACGUAUUAAUUAUCGACAUUAUUGUGAGUAAAAGUUGGUAGACUCGGGGGUUAUGUCGCAGGGAAACUGUCUGCGUACGCUUUUAUCUUUUAAUUCAUGCGACACAAAUUUUUGUCGCCACGACAAGUCGCGCGAAAUUUCAUGAGGAAAUUUCAUGAGUCAGUGACUCAGGCGGCUUGGAAGAAAAAAAUCCCGGGAAUAGUUCAGGUGAAUAUCAUUGAAAGUGCGCCAUGAACCUUCGUGUGCCCGUUUGGGCAACAUGUCCCAUCACCAAAAUCAAAACUGAGUUAGCUAAUCACGUCUCUUGUUCGUGCAUUGAGGAAAGCAACCAUCAGCGACAUUUUUUUUUGUUUGUGCGGACCCAGCUACUGUGUGUCUUCGCUACACUUCCUUGUUACACGUCCCUGAGGGAGUACUGCUUAUGAUUUUGCCCCCGCUACACCUCUCUGUAAGAUGUCCCUUCUUGUGUCCGGGCUCGUAUAUCCCGUAUUUCUCGUUGGAACUAACGGCCAUCAAGAGAAAUUCUUCUCCUCUAACCAUCUUGGUAUUCCCGAAUUUCCGGCUUCUGGUCUUAUAUUUCACAAUCGUGAUUAGCUUUGUAUGAAAUAUGCAUUUACCCUGCAUAAGACGCGAAUGAGAAAUUCGAGGCACAAAUACAUGUAUUGAACCGGGUACCAGCGAGGGAUAAGACGCGCGUGAGUGGCCGAACUACCUCUCUCCUCGCGCGUUUCCUCCUUCCUCUCGUGCAUCGCUUAUCUCAUACCCCGUGUCUCUUAGUAUAGUGACUACUACGCAGGUUACGAUACAUAAUGCACAAAUGGAUGGCUAACACACCGAGCCUGAAUAGUCUAGCGGCCGAAAGGACGUGUAUAAACAGUAUGAAAUGAACUUUCUUCAUAGGAGCUGAGAGUUGAACUUGACAAACUGCUGAGACAAAAGAUAGCCCAGCCCAAAAUGAAGCUGAGCGCAGGUCCUGGGACUGGUGACAAGGAAAGUGCUCUUCUGCGUGCCAUCAUCGAUCUGAUUACCAGCGAGGAGAAUACAAACUGGGUGAGCCUCUCUAGGCCUCUUUUUCACAGUUCUAUAAUAUAUUUAUGAAAAACGACGCUUUUUACUGAUCCCAUUAACCUGUGCUAAUAGCUAAAAGAGUGUAAAGAUUCAAUCCACAUGUGACUGUUUUUCCGUUGCUUACCACCCUGAUUUGCUCAACCUCAUCCCCAUGGCUUUUUUCAAAGGAAAAGCCCUGGGAACCAGGUUGUGAUGGGCCAGAUGUUUGUUGGCCUCACACUACAAGAUAAGUUGGUUUCAAGUAAGCAUUUUAUUCCAGUGCAUUUGAAAAUCCUAAGUCGCUCUAUAGAAAACAUGUCUUUACACUUGUUGACAAAGUUUAUUACUUGAAGUACAAUCUGCCAACAUCUUUCAAGGUAAAAAAUCUUUUUAAGGGUUUUCACCCCACAAGAAAAUGCUUACGUACUUCGUUUUUUAUGAGUACUUUGCAGCGGCGUAAAAAAACAUCAACAACAACCAACUUUCUCUAGAAUGACUCAACAAUGCCCUUCUCGGCAAAUAAAUCGCCGUUGGUUUUGGGCUUGGCCUCGUCAGUAAAUUUGGUUUAGAUUACUCUUGGCUAACCGACGCAUCCACUAUAGAAUAUUUGUCUGUUCGUUCAUUAGAAUCUUGGAACCUCUGCAUGUCCAGCACGUCGCUUUUCUAUGGCUUUCAUUACCAAUUAUGUUCGAUUCUUUAGUGUGGUGAUGAACAUACUUUCCAUGGUCACCAAUUAGAGUUGAAGUAAGAACAUUUUACCUCUUCACACUCAAAGUAGGUUCUCCGAGUACAAGUAGAUUAUACCUGCAAGGUCUAGCGUUGAGCCAGCAGUUCAUAAGUGUUACUAUGGUUCUCGUUUCAUAAUUUCGUAACUGUGAACGUUGAAACUCAUUCUUACUUUGCUUAUAAGGGGCUCUUAACUUAUUUAAUAGUAUUUGUGAUCAUUUCUUUCUUUCCAUAGAAAAAACAAAAGCAACUUGCCAGUGACACACGGUUAAGACAUUAUUAAGAGCUACAGCUGUCUUGGAAACCUAGCGGUCACCAUGGAAGAUUCGGAGAGAGUCCUGUUGGCUUUUAGGAUCAAAUAAUCGCUCAUUACACUCGUUGGCUCAGCAGAUGUGAUAAGCCAUCACAAUCACGUUAUUUGACGGGUCUUUUGCAUCCCCCAUCCUCGUUACCGGCGUCAACCAACGGACUUUCAUUUUUGUGGUCAGUCAUCGUUAUACGCUAGCACCUUGUUUACAUUCCGGCUCCAGUCGUCGUCAAUGACCUCGCCUCGAAUUCGAAUGAUUUUCAGUUGUUUCAAGCGGAAUAAAAGAAGAAGGUUAUUUGGAUGCCUCCAAGAAGUCACAAAGCUCGUUUCAAAUUCGUAAUCCAGUUGGUAAUGGCAUGUCGUUAAGGAUUCUCUGUGUCUUAUUUGUUUCCCAGCUGUUGUUACUACGGACGAAUGCUAAAUCGAUGUAACUAAAACGACUUGAAAGAAAACGGGGAACGGGCAAGUAAAAAAGGGGAACAAAACCCAACUUGAACUCCAGCCCUUUCAGUAACGUCAUUGCCAAUUUUCUGUUUUGUUCCUAUUUUUCAUUUUUGUAUUUCCCCUUUUCCGUUCCCCGUUCGUUUGUAAAAUCCUCGUUAAAUCUUUAUCUUUGAAACUUUGCAGUCGAACCCGCAAGAGAUGAAAGCUAUGAAUUCGGACAAUCACUACUUUAAUACAUUAGCAUUAGGACAUCCGUCGGACCAAAACAGUUUCUUUGAAUUUAGUAUUAUAGGAGAACGACCUUUCUCUAGAAUAAAAACUUAUUUAUUUGCAAAGUCGUUUGGUCUUGUAGGAGCAGAUAGUUAUUACUUUUUCCUAGGAAUAAAAACAUUCUCUUAUAAAUCAGAGCUUUCCUCGAGUUUUAUUUCACCGCCAUUAGAGCUUUUAAGAUCGUAACGUUAGAUAGGUCAUUCAUGAGUUAAAACCCAAAUCUCUUCUUAUUACCUAAUGGGGAAGAAUUUCUUCAAAAACAGCUUCUCUUUCCCAAAACCCAGGCAUCCUUAAGUACAAAGGUACUCAAAUGUACUAAAACUAGAAUUUCAUCAGCUAGAAUUAAAGACCACCUUGGCCGAGUUUUCAUGGUGCUGGGCUUGCCUUGUAACCUGGACGUCCAUCACUCUUCAUUCCCAACGCGUAACCGGUCCCACGCGCGGAAAGCGAUAGGAGUGGGGCUGUAUUUGCAGGCUACGCGAACCAUUAUUUUAAGGACCACUUGGACAAACAGCAACUACUGAAAGCAGGAUCUUGUUGUAGAUCAGGAUCAGCAAUAUAAAAUAACACUUAGAUUUGAAGGCAAGGCUGAUCGUACAGCUAAGGGUUGGCAAUUUUAAAUGUAUUUGUCCAUGAAGACUAGUUUUGUCUAGUCGAAAUAUUGGGCAAAUAAAUUUGUAAAUUACCAACCCUUAGCUAUACGAUCCUUCAGUUUUAGGAGUCAUUGCAAGAAAAAACAUGCAGUGCACAGGUGAAACCAAUUUCAGCAACCACACACCACCAACUCCGCGAUUUAGUAUGGGCUAUACCUUGCGCAUACACACAGCCAUUUUACCCAGUCAGUGGCAUGGCAACCAUGGACAACUGUUUCGUCCUCAGUCCUCAUUAGGAUUCAUCAGCAUGGCAUAGCCCCAGGAAGUGUGUACUUCUUUGCUGAAAUUGGUAGUAUAUAGUACAUAGGUGUCAUUUUGUGGAGUUAGUGCUUUUGUUGAUUGCACUUGAAAAAAUUGUUGUUAACCUUAUACCGAUUUUGCUGUCCCCCAACCUGAGAUCAGGCGUUAUUUUAUUUUAUUAUUAUUAUUAUUAUUUUUUUUUUUUGCUUCUUUGGCUCAAGAGGGAAAAAAAUAACGCCCUCUUCCCGUGAGAGACAUAAAGGGAUAAUAGGGAGAGGGCAUGAUCUCAGGCUAGUCCCCUUGCUGCACAAUCCCAUAGAUUUUAUUUGGGCAACCUGUGGCAGAACGACAAGGGACUGAGCUCUACACAUGGUUGCGAGGCAACGGACGGUUGGAAUACUUAAGCCAAAAUGGCGGAAAAGGUAGCGUCGUUGAGUGAGUUUACAAAACAGCAUGAAAUUAACAACAGAUUUUGAUUCAAAACGAACGAUGAUGUUAUGGAGGAAAGAAUAGGUCUUUUGACUUUUAUUUCGAACUUUGACGCGGGAAAUCUGGCCCGUGUUGAAAAAGUAAAGCAAGAGGAAGGCAGCUCUUGUACUGAAGAUGCGGACGGGACGGUCACUAUUGUUCCUGAUUAUGACUAUAAUGUUUGGACCGCUCCUGAUUGUGCAGGAACAGACUAUGAAAAUGGUAACAGAACUUGGUUUUAUUUUGGCGUCAAAGGAGGCCAGCCAGGCAAACUUUUGCGAAUAAAUAUUAUGAACUUGAACCGCCAAGGAAAGCUGUAUGGUCAAGGAAUGACUCCUCUCGUGAAAGUGGUCCCGUCAAGGAAUAAGUGGGAAAGGAUACGGGAUAAGCCAAAAUAUGAGGUAAGGGUUGUUUUUGUAAAGGCGUUAUGAAAAAUAAACAUCAGUUGUGUCAGUUUUGAUUUAAGCCAAAAUUAAAACUGUGCAGAAUCGCUUAGUUUUAAUUGCAUUGAAUGGCUUUAAUCAAAUCUGUCACCUGUUAAACAAAGAAUGUUUGUCACGGUUGUUAGCGUGCAGUUUUGUAGUCGUUGUGUUUUAUCUCGUUUUAUGCGUGGACUGUCUUGACAAUCGUAUUAAGCUCACAUACAUGAGGUAUUAAAGUACAGUAGUUUCAAAUUGCUGCAAAUAAUAUGGGAAACAAUCUAUUUUCUGCAACAUCUACUGUAGCUGAAAAUUCGGAGUUUUGAUUCUGGUGGAGAAAAUUUGGCUUUCAAUAAGGAUUGUGGUUUCAUGAGACAUUUUGUAUGCCCACAUCCAGGCAUGUCAGUAAGAGUAGGUUGCUGGCUAAUUUCACGGCUGAAAAAGACCAAUUCCUCUGGAGAACAGAGGGAAAAUUUUGAAGGUACAGUUGAGUGAAUUAGCCAUCUUGACUGUUCAAACUCAUCAGUAAUGAUGAGCUUGGGAGCAGGUGCCUCAAAGGUUAGUGGGCAGCCAAAGCCUAAUCAGCUUUUCCUUAGCUACAUCACUGGUUACCAAUAUUUGACGGAGUACCAGUAGUAUGCUUUAAGCAAGGGCAUAUUUAAACCCCAGGCUGCAAUUCAUCUUUUUCUUUUUCUUUUUUAGACAGAGGAUGGUCAGUUCAAACUGUCAUUCACAUAUCGUUUUCCUGAUCAGCGGAAUGGUGUAUGUUACUUUGCUUUUUGCUAUCCAUACUCUUACUCAGAGAGCCAGGCAAAGCUAGAAGAAUUAGAUCAUAAUUUCAGCAGCUGUCAGCAAAUGUCAUCAUCAUCUCCAAAGGAUGACAUUUACUACCAUCGGGAACUUCUUUGUUACUCACUGGACAACCUUAGGGUUGAUCUGUUAACAAUAACAUCAGCUAAAGGUAUUUUGGAGAGCAGAGAGGAUUGGCUGCCGAGCCUCUUUCCUGAAAAAACAGUUCCAAGAGCACACCGGUUUCAAGGGAAAAAGGUCAGUAUGUGAAGGUUUCUUGCACUUUAAUAAACAGCUAACACAUGGAGUAUGUGCAUCUCAAUAAAUUAUUUUUAUUUUGCACAAACUGCAUUAUUUUUUGGCAAUAUUAUCUUCAAAGUGUCAGAUUCAUGAAAAAUGUCUUUUCUAGAACUAUAAUUAAUAUUUAGCAGGGCUUGAGUCAUCUGGGACAACUAGAUUUUCAGGAUGGACAGGUUAUCUUUCAUCCUUUACUUGCUCAAUGGGCAAUGGUCGGGCAAGUCUAAGUAACUAAAUCAUAAACUAAGACAUUAGUGCUCAAGCCCUGUAUUAGAAGGCUCACUCUUGAAUUUAAUCAGGUUUGAAGGUUAACUACAGGCAACAAAAGAGUUAAGUUUGCCUUACAAAUAAUAAUAAUUAUUAUUGUUGUAAACUUUAAUGUAAAUUCUGUAGAAGUUGUAUUUUUCUGGGUCAUGUCACUUUAUUACGUUUACCUAUACAGAUUUGCUUUGAUUUUAUAAACCACUAUCUUAAUUUGUACAUGUUAAGUUACCAACCAGAACUGCUACAUUUGUGACUCUUGCAGGUGUUUUUCUUGAGUGCAAGAGUACAUCCUGGUGAAACGCCAUCAAGUUUUGUCUUUAAUGGUUUCCUGGAUUUCAUUUUACGUAGAGAUGAUCCAAGGGCUGCAGCACUGCGAAACCAAUAUGUUUUUAAAAUGAUACCAAUGUUAAAUCCAGAUGGUGUCAAGCGUGGUCACUACCGUACUGACACUCGAGGUGUAAAUUUGAACCGUGUUUACCUUGAUCCUGAUCCUUCACUUCAUCCUUCAAUAUUUGCCGCCAAGAGUGUUAUUGUAUACCAUCAUAAUAAUGGCAACUUGCAUCAAAACUCUGAUGUUGAGAAAGUUUGCACUUGCAAUGCUGGAAGUGAGGAAGAGUCUGUUCUCCUGCAGAAUACCUCCAAAUCUUUAGUCAACAAUACCAUUUUGGAUGUUACAACAAUUCCAGUGGCAUUAAAGCCAGGUUCGCCAGAUUCUGAGUCUCUUAAGUUGGAGUUACAAAGUGUAACUGUAGACAAGGAUGAUUUCAAUAACAACAGUGAUACCAUGGAAACUGCACUGCUAUCUAAAAAUGUAGACUCAUUGGCUUUGGAGGAUGGUGUUUUGUCUAGUCAAGAAAAGGAAAUUUCAUCAAACACUGAUGCUCAAAAGGAGACUUCAAUUGUCGAUCAGCUUUCAAAUGAGAGCACCAGCAGUAUGUCAAGUGAUAUGUCAAACAAUGGUCUUCCGAGACAGUUCGCUCAAAGAAAAGUUGAGCAAACACAAGAGUUGCAAAACUGUUGCAUAAACUGUUUGUCCAAGACUUGUGGUGAAAGCAGCAGUGGUGUCGCAUACUAUGUUGAUCUUCAUGGUCAUGCUUCUAAGAGGGGAUGCUUUGUUUAUGCAAACUACCUGGACAAUGAGGAUGACUAUGUGAGAUCUAUUUUGUUUCCAAAACUCAUUUCCUUGAAUUCAGCCAACUUUGACUUUGCAGCUUGCAAUUUCACGGAAAAGAAUAUGUAUAGCAAGGAUAAGCGGGAUGGCAUGUCCAAAGAAGGAAGUGGUAGGGUGGCUAUUUAUAAGGCCACUGGAAUUGUACAUAGGUAUGGCAACUUACAAAAAUAUUGAGGCAAUGAAAUUUUGACACCUUGACAGUUUCCAUGCUCUCCACUGAGAUUCUUAGUGUGACGGUACCUGGUGGUUGCCACUCACAGAACGGUCAUGGUUACCUUCUGCGCCUGCUUGCAGCUCCCUUUAAUUCAGUUUGUCCAUGCGCCUUCCCCACACCCAUCUCAUACAGAAAACUAGUGGCAAUGGGUUUAAGUCCACUUAACUACCUAAUUUUUAUUUAAAUAUUAAUAGGGCUCUUCGAGCUCCCAUAUCAUGUCUUUUCCCAGAAAAGUCCCUCCCCUUAAUGUUAGUUUGCACAUUCAAGAAAUACAAGAAAAUAGACAGUGGCUUAAUCUAUCCUCACUUUCAAUUUUUAGGAAAACAAUUCUCCUCCACUAAGUCUGAGCUCUCUAUAAUACUCUGUGUAUAAUCCCAUAUUUUGCAGUUUCUGAAGAUCAAUGUAGCCAAUUUUAUAGUUUUUUGAACGAAAAACUGUUCUUUGAACUCAUGAUCACCGUCCCUAUGGCUCUUGGCUGAAACUUUUAAAAAGUGAUCAGGUCAUUAGUUGCAACAGAAAUCUCUUACAUAAGUUCAGUAUAACGAGUUUUUGAACUCAAUCAGAAAGAUGAUAUAUAUUUUUUUAUUUAUACUCUUCUAGCUAUACGCUGGAAUGUAAUUACAACUGUGGAAGGACGGUGAAUUGUUUACCACCAGCCACUUGUGAUAGUGGGCGUGCCACACCACCCCCAUCUCCAGGCUUUCCACCCAAGUAUACACCUGAUAUUUAUGAAGAGGUACAGUCAUGUAAAUAAAAUACAAAAAUCUUAAAAACAUUAAGAGAACUAAGGGUCGGAGGAGGAGGCAGGCUAAAAAAUGUCAAAUCCAGUAGUCCAGGACUGGUAGCUUUUCUUGCGAGGCAAGUAAAUUUUUUAAAGCUCACUUGCCCAAUGGCCAAGGGUCUAGGAAAGUCAUCCCUUCAUUAAUUCAUAAACUAAGACAAGACAUGGCCCCAGGCAGUCAAAUUGUGAGGGUUGCUUGCCCAAAGGCUGGAAUUGAAGUUUUUUUCUUUAGCCCUGCUGAAAUACUUUAACUUGAUGAUAGCACUAAAUAAGGGCAACUGAACUGCAGUAAACUUGAUCAGUACAUUGCAUUUUUUUAUACCUGUAAUUCUCUCACAUCUCACUGUUAAAACAAUACUGACCUGAAAGAUUUGCAAAUGUAGGUUGGACGAGCAUUAGCAGUUGCUGUGCUAGACAUGAACAAUUCAAAUCCUUGGUCACGUCUUCCCCUUAGUGAGUUCUCGUCUUUGGAAGGUGUAAGAAACUGGAUCAAAAGAUUUGUUAAGAGCUCCAAGAAUGCACCUUCAGUUCCAAAGAAACUUUCUCGAGUAAUCACUAAAACCUCCAGGUUUGUUUUUUUAUUCACUGAAUGCUGUUUAAGUCUUGCAGUGUAUUUAGAUAGCAUGCUACAACUGUACCUCAGAUAGUGUGUCUCCUAUACAAAUUUAACCUGUUUAUGAUUAUUUAGGGAAGGCAUAAAAGCUAACUACAAAGGCAAAUAUUUUGUGUUGUUAGAGAUUGCCUUUCAAGCUUUAAAACAUGUGUAAGUAUAUCACACCUGGUAACCUGAAUAAGGCAUUUUUCUCAAGGGGGAGCAUAAACAAACGAGAGAAAAAGUUAUAAAAAUAGAACACCUGAUCAGAGGCAAAAUAAUUAAUAUGAGGUACUGUUAAUGAAAUCCUCGGCUUUUUUGUUCAUUUGUAACAACCACAAGUUUGCAACACUUAUAUGUAUAAUAAAUUAUCAUUACAGAAACUUGAAUGAGAUAUAAUAAUUUAAAAAUACCAUAGUUAAUAAUAAUAAUUUCACCUGUGACAAUUUGCCUUACUUGCAGCAUGGUUGCAGGAGCAACAGCAGGUACUCGGCAGAAAUUAUCAGCCUUGACAAGUUCAUCAAGUGACAUGUCAUCAGAUAACAAUGUUGCUGCCAAGGUAUCUGAGCCAUUCCCAUCUCAGAAUGGAAAAGGUGCUUUCAAGGAAGCUGGUACGUGUACUUUGUUUUAAUCAUUAUUAUCAAUAAUAAUUAUUAAAGUCGAACCUCUCUACAACGGCCACCUUGGGGACAGAAGAGAGUGGCCGUUGUGGAGAGGUAGCCAUUGGAGAGAUUGGGGUGUAAUUUGACAAAUUCUUUUUAGCGAGUACAACAAUGAUAUUGUGCUAAGUUAAUGCUUACUGUUGUAUAUCCCAUAAUGUUUAUAAUCUAAUCAUAAAUAUUAUUAUACAUUGUAGUCACUAUCUGUCUUCUCACUGGCUAAGAGCCAACAGCUAAUUUUGGAAAUCAGCACAACCUACAGAUUAGUUUAUCUGCUAGCAGAUAACUACUAAUCUGUAGGUUGGUUGCAGAUGCAAUGCAUGAUUUCCAAUAACAAUACCAAUUCAGGUUCCUUGUGAUGGUGUGUUUGACGUUAUUUUCGUCAAAACAAGUUACAAUAAAACAAUUAUUAGAUUCGGUUUUUGUGAUAUCCUAAAUAUUCAAGGUCUUGUUAACUGUUAUCAGCCUCGGCCUGCGACUCGGCUGAUAACACUUACCUCGACCUUGAUAAUUCCUGAUAUCACAAAAACUUCACCCAAUAACUGUUUAAUAUAUGGAGAAAAUAGUAAUACACAAAAAGAACAUGAAACUUGAAUGAUGUCUUGAAUCAAAAUGAACAAGUUACUUACUUUAGCAUUUAAAUUCAGUUGCCGCAAUUAAUCAUCAACACACCUUAUGGAUCAAAUUUCAUGAUCGUUCUUGACUUUUCCAUCAGUUGAUGAAAAAACUGGCCAAUGUUGAGAGGUUAAUUUUUUGGCAGUUGGAGAAAUGCUUUAGUGGUCGUUGCCGUGGUAGAAAGGUGGCGGUUAGUGGAGGUUCUACUGUUAAAAGUAUUUAAUUUCAAUUAAUUUCAUCCUUUCAGAGCACUAAUGUUAAUUACUUAUAUUACUAUAGUAAUAAUAAGGCUUUACAAGAAGCCUUUACAGUUUAUGUUCUUUAAAUUAUUGGUUUUGAAAGUGAAUAACUGGAAAUUACAGACUGGGGAUUGGAAGGAAGUUUUUAAUCCAAAGGCCUUGCACUGGAUGUGUUGGCUUGGAUAAUCUAAUCUAAUCUAAUCUUGUCUAGAGUGUAUUGUUUUCAUGCAUUUUAUAAAUCUGUAUUAUGUUGCACAUACUUGUACAUGUGUAGCUUGCUAACAGGUUAAUUUUGAGCACUGUUAAUUUUGCAUUGAUGUGUUGGCUUGGAUAAUAUUGUAUGAAGUGGUUGCCUAGCUUGUAUAGUUUUUGUGUAUUUUACAAAGAUUUAACCUGUAUUAUGUGGCACAUUCUUGUGUACAGCUUAACAGCUUCAUUUUGAGCAUAACACUUAAGGUAUAUUACUAAUCAUUAAUAAAUUAAUCUUGCACUGUUUAAAAUUGUUUAUUUGUUCAAUCAGGCUACUCUUUGUAGAUACUAUUUUUUAAAACAGAAAUAAUGUAAACUUUUAGGUAAGAAGGUAGCUGGAGACACUAGUCUGGCAAGGCGACCCCUAAACCUCGCAGCUACACGUCAUUCAAGCUUGCAAACAACAGGGAACAUGGGUUGCAAAAACCAAGAAAGCUCUUCUCUGUGCAGAACUACUGUGAUUUCUGGAGGGACAGUUAAUAAGGAUCAUUUACCAGAGGCUGGUGCACAAAAAUCACAGGUACCCUCACUAGCUUCCCCUUUCAGACAGUAAUUUACAUUUAUUAUGAACCCAAACAGGAUAUUUUCUCUUCCCCUUCUCUUAUAAUAAGUACACCGUUUCAAGAACAUCUUUCCCUCCCCUUCCCCACCCCUGCUGGAACAAAUUAGUUUAUAGUAAACAAUAUUUUUCUAGUUUGUAUUUUUGUCCUCAAAGCCUUAACAUUCUACAUACUUUUCUUUAUAAUCAUUAUUUUUAUAUGCCACUGUACAGUGACUGUGCAUGAUUAAACACAGUAAAUUUGUUUUUGCUUUGGCUAAUAAUUAUUUUAAUUCUCACUACCUUGAAAUUUAUUUUGAUUAUGUAGUGGUAUCACAUAUAUAUAAAGUAAAACUGUUCUAGAUUGUUUUCUAAGCAUAAAAUACAAAAGCGUCUGUCAGAGUGUGUUCAGGAAAACAUGAUGUUUGUUGGUGUUAUUUGAGCAAAUACCAGGUACCAUCAAUGAUUUCACCCUUUUGUCUUCUCUAUAACCAACUGUAGGUGUAUAAACCAAAGGAACAACCAAGAGUUUCUCUGGAACUUCCAAAAACAGUGAGUCCUUUAAAUUCAUUUCAACUGAUCUUUCAUUUCUGAAUUGGUUAGCAAAUAUUUGGUGCAAAUUAAUUAUUACAUGUUAAGGGUUCACCUCUUUUUUUCUGCUUAGGGUCCAACAUUAAGGCUUGUCCAUAACUUUCGGCAUUCGUCACAAGUCCAUGUACAGCAUGUACCACCUAGCAGUAAGACCUUAUCACCACCUAUUGAGGUUAAAAUGAGGUAUGGUGUCAGUAAUAAUAAUAAUAAUAAUAAUAAUAAUAAUAAUAAUUGUAGUGUGUUCUCAUAUUUUGAACCUGUUACCUGCAACACCUGUGAUGGGUGUCACUGAAAAGACAGUAAUACAGUAGCCUGAGAGCAAGCUGUCCAGGUACUCUGGCAGUGGGGCUGGAAAAGGAAGGAGAGCUUGCACUACGUGUCUGGAAUUUAAAUUCCACUGACCUCCAAUUUCCCUGUGGCUCCCUGUCGACUGAGCUGUCAGAUUUCCACGAAUCAGCAAAAAGCAGAAAACAAUGAGCAAGGAUGUAAAUGAACAUUGAAAAACACGUGCCAAGGGCAAUGACAUCAUUACUAAUGUCAUCUCGUCCAAUCAGCAUUUCAAAUAGACUUUUUCGAUGCAGAUACCGUUAAAUUCCGAAAAUAAGCCCCUCCAUGUAUAAGCCCCUCCAAAUAUAAGCCCCCCAAACGGGUAACGCAAAAAAUCCUCCGUUAAAUCGCCCCUCCAAAUAUAAGCCCCCCGCAGGCUUUUACUUGGAAAAUUACCCUCAAAUACAAAGUAAAACAAAGCAAAAAUGGUAAAUUUACUUUCAACUAUAAGGCUAGCCCAAUCAAUUUAGAAAUGCAAAUUUCCCUCCAUAAAUAAGCCCCUCCGAAUACAAGCCCCUCCAAAUAUAAGUCCCUCAAAAAGGGCCUUUGAAAAAUAUAAGCCCUGGGGCUUAUUUUCGGAAUUAUACGGUAUUCAAAUUCAAGAGACGCAGUAAAAGCAAGCUUAGCUCUCUUUCCUUUUCCUGCCCUGCUGCCAUAGCACCCCUGACAGCUUGCUCACAGGCUAGUGAUACAGCUGUGAAAUGAGCUUUCCAACACAAUGAGUGCUUGGCCUGCUGUUCAUGUGCUGCUGCAGGGGCGGAUCUAGGGGGAGGGUACAGGGGGUGCGUACCCCCCUCCCCCCCGGUGUGUGCUACCAAAAAGGUGUCUUAUGAAUGGAAGGCUUCAGCUCAAGACUCAAAUGAAUUUCAUUUCUUUGUAACUAUAAAAAAAUCAAGUAACAAAGUCUGAGAAGUAAAUGGUUACUGCAUGAAAAAAAUGAUUGCAAAUCAAUAUUAGACUUAGAAGUACUGCAGGUCGGAAUACAGUGUAAAUACGUCACUAGGGUAUAAGUUUUAGGAGACCUGACUGUCAGCUUAUUUAGUGCUUUUAUUUUCAGCACUGUGGAUGUCCACAAGCAAUUUAUUGGUUUCCAAAGAGGCAAAGCAAGCACAGUGACAAAAUGUCAGAGUGAUGAAGAGAAGAAAAAGAAAAUUAUACGACAGCGGAGAAAAAAUGGGCGGAAAAAAGGUGACUAUGUGUAGUAGCUAUUGAUGUACAGAAGAGUCCCCACUUUUAUGUUGGGCAACUAAGGAUUACCAUUAACGUUUACAUUCAUCAGUCAAAUCACCAAAAGACCCAAACUAUUGGGGUAAAUAAAAAGCACAAAAAAUAAGAAAAUGUACUCAUUCAGAUCACACAAAAUUUAUUUGCUUUGAGUUACACUGUCCAUCACUGAAGUGUAUGGAAGGUGGGAACCAUAUCAGUCAUCUAAAGGAGUCUGAAACCUUUGUGAAAAGUUUCUGUUUAAAGAGUCGACUGAGAGUGUGCAAAUUAUUUUUAGUAUAAUGUCAUACUGCUAAAGGAAAUUGAAUUAUGUAAGUAAAAUAAUGCUCAUUCCAUGUCUAUAGGUGUCUGUUUUAGGAAAGUUUGUCUGUUGUUAAAAAGAAAGAGUUGACCGUGGUUAAUAUACAGUACUUGCCAUACUGAAAGUUAUAAUAAUAAAAUAAAAUGUUAAUCAUGCCAUGCAGAUCCAGUACCUAGUGCACUCACAAGGUGACUCAUUUCCUUCCUUAGAAAUCUGUAGUUUAUUGCAUGAUAGAUUGUAGGUAUUGGUGAAGAAAAUUUGCAUUUUAGGUUUGAUUUUUAUCACUUCAUUCCACUCACACUGUAGCUGUAAAUUGUUCUUCAGGUUAACUUGGAUAAUUGUGAAAGUUUUGGCUGUUGUUAAUAAUAACAUAAAAUUUCACUUGAAAUACAUUGUUUCGGUUUCAGAAAAGACUGAAGAAUCGUCAACUGUAUACAAUGAGUCACAACCUGUGCAAAUCACUUUACCAGGAAGGUACUGGAUUAAUAAUUAUUAAUUAAUUAAUUAUUCAUUUAUGUUAUACUCUAGUCGUUAAAAAUGCAAAUUUUUAUAUAUUUGUGUUCAUUUUACCAUCAAUGAAUCCCAGAAAAAGGUGAGCACCAGAGGUAUUUUGGGAAUGUUAUUGUCUUGCAAGGAAAAAUCCAAUUAUGUGUGAGAAAACUUAGCUGCAAGCAACAAGAUUGUAGAUUUUUAGAUUGCUUGCAUAUACUGAUCUUUGCUGUCUUUGACAUACCACAAUAAACAUUCCUGAAAUUUAUGUGUUCACAGUUUUCUGCAUUUGACAGUGAGUAUGUUAUUUUAUUUUUUUACCAGAAGGCCACAAGUACCUCUGAUUUCACAUCUAUAUGUUUUUAGCACUGUUGUGUUCUUUGAUCGCACUUUUUGUGUUUUGUUUCUAAGGCCAGUUGAAGAGGAGGUUACAAAUGUUAAGUCAUCAAAAGAUGAAGAAGGUUUCAAGGGCAAGGGCCCCCAGUUAUUACGGAAAAAUAGUUCCAAGAACUUGGUAAGUAACUUUUAGAUCUAUACAUUAGUUAAAUGCUGUGAUAAACACACUUUCCUGAAUGUAUGAAAAUAUGUCCAUCCCACAAGUUCUACAUGUAGCAGACAAGUGCCCCUCCUUCUCUCAUACUGUCUUAAAUAGGGAACUCUUUUUUUUUGUCACUUCAACACUAUAUAUUACAAUUUGUACAGUUUUAAUGUUGAUUACACUGGCACGCUAGUAUACUCUUUUGAAUAACACCUCCCCUUUUGGCCGAAAGUGAAAACACAGUUAAGUGCUAACAUGUUUAACAUGCUUUAUCUUAGUUUGUACCUUUCUCAGAAAAGUCAUUGUCACUUAAUUGGUAUAAAUUAAAAUAACGCAGUACGUUGCGUUGAGUAUUUUCAUUGCCAAAAUAUAUUUUGUCAUAUUGUAAUAUGUAAAGAAACUGUUCAUAACAAUCAAUUAGUCCUUUUGUGUCAUUUUAUAGAUAAGUUGCAGCAUGAUGUCCUGUGAAGUAGUUGACAUUAAAGAGCUGCCACACACACCACCUCAGUCGAGCAGUAGCACAGCUCCUUUGCAACUCUGGAACAACAUGUCUGUUAGCUAAUGUAGCAUCACCAUCUUUAUUUAUUAUAACUGCAUUUUCAUCUCAGAAUUCCAAACAUUAACAUUCACGAACAGAUCACAGAAUUUUAAAUAAUCAUUUUUUAGUGUAUUGUGGGUGUGUUGACUCAUUAAUUUAACUUCUGAAACUAAAGAGGUUCUUAAAUUUACAUUCUCAUAAAAGUAGAUAUCAUUAUUUGUUUUAAGGAAAAGACAGAUACGUUAAACGUGAUUUUAUAUAUAUAUCAUUAACAUAUUAUUUAUUCAUUUUUAAAAGAAACUAUGGAAAAACUAAAGAGUUCUUUUAAGACUGUAGUGGCUUUAAAAAAUGCAUUUAUGCCCUAUUUGUACAAGUAUGGUGACUACCAGUAAUUAAUAUAUUUAUCAUCUGGUUAUUUUUUGUGGUGUUUGUGUUUUAAAUGAAUUUUUUAUUUAGUAACUUAAUAAAAUUUCCUUUUAUUACAAGACAUUUGUUUCUGUAUCUUUGUGUGAUGUGUACAUAACUCUCUG